GAAGGCAGCACCCUAUCGCAGCAUCGGCGGACUUCUUCAGGUGUCUCUUCUGGGCGGCCGCGCGGCGGAGCCAAUGGAGGAGUGUUAACUAGGCGGCAUGGCGGACCGAGAGAAGAGGAAAAGCAGCCCCCCGCCUGGGCGAAACAUCCAGGUGAAGUCCCCCGCCAGCUUCAGGUAAGAGCCCGGGCUUGAGGGAGCAUGUGGAGGGAGGGGGAGUUCGAGCUGCCGACCCCCCGGAGGCUCUGACUGAGUGGUGAGGCAGCGCGGCUCUGCGGGGCUGGAGGCGCUGAUGCUGGGCUGCCCGGAGCCGCCGCAGCUGCGUUUGGCUCGGCUCUGCUUUGCGGGCUCAAGUCGCAGUGUGUUGUUGAGUGGCAUGUUUUGUGUUUGGGCGUGUCUGCUCCCAGGGGGCUGAGGAGAGCUGUGUGUUCCCCCGUAUCCACUAAAGCCAUGCAUUUUUAAUGUGGCACACUUUUUGGUAACCUGGUUUAACCGAAACCGUCUCGUACAACAGCUGCUUUACGAGUUGCAGCCACAGUUAAUGAGUUGAUGCUGGCAUACAGCCGGUUAUGUGGUGGCCUUUUAUUUCUGUCCAGUUACUUGUAGUCUCUUGAAGGUUAUUUUUUUCACUCCUUUUACCUCAAAAUCUAUCUCGAAAAUGCAGUUUAAUUGUCAUUGUACUUCAGCAGGGGAUCUAAUCUGUUUAUGGCACAUUAACUCUUUUUAUUAGCUUUAGCUAGGGCUGGGCAAUAUGGAAAAAAGUUUAUCACAAUAUGUUUUUUUCAUAUCGGUCGAUAUCGAUAUGUAUCAUGAUCUAAAAAUGAAAUUUAAGAGUUCUUAUAGGUUGCAUGUCUUUUGGAAUACAAUGAGCUACUGCAUCAGUGACGUCUUCACCGACGUUUUCGUGCCAGUGUUGUUGAUGAUGUCGUCAUCUGUUGAGCCUUCAUCAGCAUUUCUGCCGGGGGUAGCGCUCAUUUUCUUUUUUUCUCACCAACAGUGUUGCCGGCUUCAUGUGUUAUAGUGCUAUGGUUGCGUGUAGCUGCAGCCUUUGUUGGCUACUUGGUUCUAAUUCAGCACGUUUGGUUCAGCUAAGCGCGGACCCGGAGCAACCCCCCUUUUCAUUGGCUAUUUGUAUAGCCUACCAAGACAUGGCAGAAUGCCGACUAUUGAAAAGUAUAUUGACCAUGUUUCAUAUUCAUAUAUCGUUAUCGUUUUGUCGCCCAGCCCUAGCUGCAGCUUAACAUUGAGUUAAUACUCUAUUUGUAUUGGCCAUCAAUAUGAACUAUACUGUCUUGUGUGCUAAGUUCAAAUGGUUAACAGCAACAUUUGAUCAUAAUACUAAGAAUAAAAGUUAAUUUUUUAGCACCUUUCAAGAACUGAGGUCACAGGGGACUUUACAAAGAAGAUUCAGCAAAUAAUAUUUAUAAAAAAAACUACAAAAAUAACAAUCAUAGCAGAGAGAAGUGAGGAGCAUUACAUCAUAGAUUCUCAGGCAUGUCUUCAUAAAUGGGUUUGAAGUGUCAACUCUGCCCGCUGUGUCAGAGAGUUUCAAAGUGGAGCUACAACUGCACCCUGUAAGUCUUCAGCCUGGAGCGUGGAAACACCCAUGAACCCUGAUCAGAAGACCUCGGGGUCCUGCUGGGAUCGUGAGGCCAUGAUCGGUCUUUGAUGUUAGACAGCUGCCUGCUCAUGCAGGGCUUUGAAAGUGAUAAUGGGAAUCCUGAACCGGAUUUUGAAGUUUAUGGGAAGUGGUGUUAUAAGUUUGGAUGAGUGUUUUGUCCUGAAUCGUAACUGAGUGAGGGAUCAUGUUUGAUAGACUUUUACCUUUAAAUACCUUUAAAUUUGAAGACAACAAACAAAACUGGACCGAGGACAGAGCCUUGAGGAACUCCACACGUCAAGGAUGAUAGUCCACUCCUAAACAAGAAUGUUGUGCCAACUUUGAAAGCCAUCUAAAGAAUUGCAUCUAUUAUUGAGAGCUUAAUGGGCAUUUAACUGUGAACCGUUAAUUAGUAAUGAGCUCCAUAUAGCAGUAAUUGAAAGGACGGUUAAUAAGGAAAGUGUUUCGGAGCAACAGAUUACCCAAAGACUGUCAGAGUUAAUCAACCUGCUGCACAGCUCAACAUGCAAAGGUAAUACUGAGCAGUGUGAGGGAUUAACUGCAUGCUGCACACAUGCUCUCAUGCUCAUGUUACACACACAUUCGUACAACCCAGAGAGCCUAACUGUCGCAUGUGGAGAAGCUGUGAUUUUUCACUGGCUUUACUGGGUGGAUGGAGGCUUGUAAUCAAUAUUCCCCUGUGAGACAGCGACACAAACACAAACGCACAAAUGUGCACAAACAGACACACCCACUCUCAGGCUCAGUGUGUCGGUGUCUCAUUAGCUGAGCCACAAACAGGCAGAUCCACGAGCGUCUUCCCUUUGGAUUUUUCAUCGCAGUGGCUUCAAAGCGGAUUCCGCUGUGUUUGAUUUUUCCGUCAAAUAAAAACUGAAGAAUAACAAACAGGAGCCUUAGAGUUACAUGCUCUAAAAUCAAGGGGAAGACAAGCAUGUGGAUUGAGUAAAAAUAAGUAUAUGAUCAAUAAAAACAUGAAUCAAGAAACAUUUAAAAGAAGGCAUUUUGUCUCUCUUUGGUAGAUUUGAUUGAUAAUUCAGAGCUGUAUCUGAAUGGAGAAAGGAGGCUAGAUAAUCCACAGUCCAAGUGUUGGCCCAGUCCCAGAGCGGCCAUAUGUUGGCAUGUUUGCCUCCGUCACCCCUCUGCCACCACUCACUGUGGUCCAAUCCUCCAUCUUUUCCUGUGAGAGAACAGACUGUCAGUAUGCUGCCGUCUGUGUGAAGAUAUUUACUGACCGAGAUACAGGAGGAAUUUAAGGCUCUGAUCCCAUUUCAUGAUUUUAAUGAUUUGUCAUAUUGAAUAUUUGAGGGUGAGAGUUUUCUGUGUUCAGUGGAAGAGGAAGGUUUCUUUAGGCUGAGAGAGACUACGAGUAGAAACAUGAACAAAGAAAUCACAGCAGAAUUGAGGGAUGAUUUUUUUUCAAACAGUCCAGUUUUAGUCCAACAAUGACAAUCGAUUUGUUAGUGCAGGUUAACAUGGCCCAUGACACUAUUAAGGUACAGUGAUACGUACAGUGACCCUGAGGUACAGAAAACAAUGGCAAAUAAGAAAACACAACACAAAAAGUGAAACACAAUGGCAAAUCACAAAACAAAACGACAUUAACCAUUGUGUUUUCUGUUUUUGUGUUGUGUUUUCUCUUUUUGUGCCGUGUUUUCUGAUUUGCUGUUGCGUUUUCUUUUUUUAUGUCGUGUUUUCUGAUUUGCCGUUGUGUUCCUUUUUUUUUGUUGUUUUCUAAUUUGCUGUUGUGUUUUGCACCUCAGGGUCACCUUAGCUACGAGAUACUGCCAAGUGCCAAACAAUAAUGUAAUAAUGCAUUAUGAAUUCUGAUUAAAUGUGGGACACAAAUAUCCUCUUGAUAUUUUUUGCAGUGACUGUUCUUUUAAUUUUACUGUGCAGCACUUGAGUAAACUUGAAUAUGUUUUUUAAAAUGUGCUAAAUAAAUAAAGCGGAUUAGAUUGGACGUCUAAAAAGUUAAAAUUGAGUAUUGAUGCAUAUAUUUAUUUAUUACACUUGAGCUUUCCUUGGAUGAAGCUGAGUGUUUUUGUGUGUUAGGUGGAGGUUUGUUAAGAGGGGAAUUAUGAGCUAAAACUGCUCUCAGAUCUGCAGAAAUGAUAACUCAAAUAUAUGCUUUUUAUUUCUAACUAUAUGAUGAAGAAACCAAACUCUACAGUCAUAAUCAUUGAAGUUAUUAUCAAAAUUAGGAUGGGAUGCAGCUUCAGAAACUUUAAAUGGACCAUCCUUUUGUUAUCUUUGACACUUACUGUUGUCUGUAUCAGCUGAUUCAUCAAAGUAUUUAGAUCCCCAUUUUUAUUUGUCCUACAUGACUGCAUUUCUUCUCAGAUGCACAAGGGGGCACUGCAGGAGGUUCCACCACAGUAGCAUAGUAUUUAUAUCCUUGUGUGUGUGUGUGUGUGCGCGCUGCAGCAUACUCAUUUUAAAGCAACAACCCAGUUUAGGAUUGCAGACCGGUCUGUGAUGCAUUAUGGGGAAAAUGGAGAACUCAUGAUGGCAGUAACAUAAAACCAGAGAUUGAUCCACCUUUAGGCAGAAGCAAACCCUCUCAGAAUCUAUUCUACACAGUUCAAUAUCUAUCUGAUUUGGAGUGACGAUUAUAGAAAAAACACGUCAGCCUUAAACAGAUUUGAGUUCUCACCGAUGAAUGAUGGCUGGAUAAUUCAUGGGAACAUUGUUUUUGUGUAUGUUUGUGUACGCUGUGAAGUUCUUUUCCCCCUUUUUUUCUGACUUACCAGCACUUAUGUUUUGGGUUUUAUUGCCGUAUUGAUUGUCCAGUAUCAAGUUGCUACGUAAUUUAUCAAACUGAUUAUGAUAUUGGUUUCUCACAGGUUAUUUCUGUGGUAUGAUGUUGCCUUUGUAGAUGUCGUGGGUCCAAAUACUUUUGAAUGACAGUUGCAGUUUUAAGCAACUCUUACUCAGUGAUAAACAAACAUAAGCUUAAAGCAUCCAAAGAGCAACUGUUUGAGACGGAUAUGCAAACCCAGCAGUGUUUUUACCCUUUUGUCAUCAGAUUAAACAACAUGUGCUCUCUGACCUCCACUUUGGUCAACAGUAGGGAUGGGCGAUAUGGGAUAAAAGAUUUAUCACGAUAAGAUUGGCAAUAAAAGUCCAGAUAAAAAACAUUAAAAUUCCAGUCUAUAUUUUCAACUCAUUUUAACUCGAGAAAACCAGUUGGAGUAGUCAAAUAAGAUACUUAACCACAAGUUUGAGUGGUAGGUUAUGGAGAAAACUAAUGACAUCAAACAAGUCUCAAAAGUGCAAACAUUUUUAACAUUUGUUGAAAACUCUUAUUGCACAGAGUGAACAGCAGCAGAUCCACUGUCCGAUGUCAGGCAUACCAGAUUGCACUCAUCAAAACCCCAGUCUUGAAAGAAAUCCCUCAUGUGGAGUUUCGUUCAGUAACAAGCUGCUCAGAAACAUCUUCUUUAUUACCUUCAGCCAUGUUUGUUUGUUAUUCUGCUCUGUGUGGGCUAUGGAUGCGAGUCCGUUGCUCGCGCUUCCGUCAUCAACUUGCAUUUAUUGUAUUUAUCAUGAGAUGGCAAAUAUUUAUCAUGGAGGAUUUUUCUGACGAUAUGUUUGUAACGAUAAUUUAUCGCCCAUCCCAAGUCAACGGCACCUCAGUUUGCUGAUCAGAAACUUUACUUUCUCUGAUCUUUCUCUUUUCUUUGUCUGCAUUUUCAUUCAAAAGUUGGGAAUGAGUUUAUACCUUCUCCCACAGUUUCAAAAAACUCUGAUUUAUUAGGUGGCACGCUCACUGCUAACAUAACACUUGAAAAGCUCAAACCACCUUUGUAUACUCCCAGGUGGAUUAUGUAUUAUAAAAAGAAGGAUGCAUGAAAGUGUGUGUAUGCGCACGGUUUUGUAAAUCUGUGUUUUAGCAGUUGUGCACUUUGAAUAUGAGACCUCACAUCUGCAGCCUUGCCAUAAUGCUUUGAUGUUCUGGUAUCCGGAUGUAAACAAGCACAGAUGAUAAAAUGCAUCUGGAAGAUGAAAAAAGGUUCUGUUUAACUUUACUUGAGCCAGGGCUGGGCAAUAAACCGAAUAUUUACCAAUACCGAAAUCUAUGACAAUAACGAACGUCAUUUUGCUCAUAUCAAUAUAUUCGUGUCAAAAAAAUAAAGCAAUAAAAGUUGUUUUUGGGUGUGUGUAGGUAGGCUAUGGUCUCAUUUCCCAUUAAGACAGUGUCCUACGUCAGAGGUGUGACUACGCCCCACCCAUUCUGUAACAAAGAGGGAAAGACAGGUGAGGAGAUGGAGGACGGUUCAAAAGUUGUAGCAGCUGGAGUGGCGGCUGAAGUAGACUAAGUAAAUGUGGGAGGGGGUGAGCCACUCGUGAAGUAGUUAUAUUCCAUUUAAUGUUCUCGAGGUGAACCGCUCAAUUUAUCGUGCUAUUGAUUUGAGGCCGUAUCACUCGAGCAAUGUGUACCCAGCACAGGUGUGUUAACCUGCAGUGAGGCCUGGAAGCAGGUGGUGCUAGCUCUGCUAAUGUUAGCUACACUCAGCGAACCAGCAGACUAUAUGUUCCCAUGUUUUACCACCGAUAAAUAAAAUCUGCGUAUUUUUCAGUUUUUUGUUUUUAGUAGAUAUUGAAUUUCCAUUUAGACAACCUGUUGAUUUCCAGCAUCCUUUUUAUAACAUUUACCAGCACACGAUCACAAUAAAGGAAAAAAUUAGAAAUGUAUGACUGUUAUUUCUUGGAUACAGGGUUGCAUUAUUCUCUGUGAUCUAAAUGAAGUCAGGUUACUUGUUGUGGUGCAUCAAAAGCUGAGUAUAUUAGCUCUUCUUUACCUUGAAUCCUUUUUAAAUGGCCUCCUGGCAGAGACUGAUGACCAGCUUUUAAAUUACCCCGCUCUCCUGCAGCUUUAGGAUCAGACUUGAUUGUGUACAUACUCUGCAUGCAGCUCUACAUUCAGAAAAUAGACAGCCUUUUCAGGAUAUUUUGCAGCUCACUGAAUAAUCUAAAUGAAAGCUCAGAAAAGUCCAUGAUGUCUCCUCCUCUCUCUCUCUCUCUCUCUCUCUUUCACUAAUUCAUCAGCCUAUCCCCUCGUCUUCCCUCUUUCAUCUUUUCUCUGCAGCUUUCCCACUCUGAUGUGACUCUGCUGACAAGAUCUGCUCAGGCAGAUGGAUUCACGAGGUGCAGGAUGAGAGAGGGGAAAGAGGGAGGUUAAGCAGAUUUUGAAGUGUCAGUUUCUCUGAUUCACUGCGUCUGUCUUUCGUUUACUUUGAUGUUUUCUUUGAGGAGGGAAGCGUGGUUGUAGGGUUUUCCGACAGGGCCGGGUUUGAUCGCUGUCUGCCGUGUUUUAACCUCAAAGCGAAACAAAGAGGGAAUCUUAAACAGAGCUGAUUUGGAUUUCACCCUGACAUGGUGGACAGUUAGUGCUCUGGCUGCAGUCUCUCCCCUCCACCACGCUGAUUAUUUACUGUCCAUCAGUUCUGCUGACACAGCACGUUCCAUCUAACGGCACCUCCCCUCUGCUUAUACAGAACCCCCCUCUCUCUGUCUCAUCCCUCCAUCUCUCUCUGCUUUGUAUGUAAACAGGCCUGACUCUCGUAUUGUCCUAAUUACAGGAUGAAUAUGCAUGCAUUCAUGAAUCAUUCGAGGAUGUUUUCCUUUUGUAGCAGGAGAAAUAAAUAUCAUAUCUAGGAGUUUUUUGAGCAUGAGGUGUCAGAGUGCGCUGUCGAGCUUUGGUUGGUGAGAUACAGCUCUUGUAAUAAAAGAACAAAACAAAAGUACUAUGAACAACUUGCUGGCUUUUCUGUGUUUCGUCUAGUCUAGGAAGUCAAGUUUUCUAUCUUUCUUAACUCUCAUUCAUUCUCCUCUAUAGAAAAUAAACAUCUAGAUAUUCUUUCUAUACCAGCAAAUUGCCAGUUUUUCAUUUUACACAUAAUUCAAGUAGCACAGCCACAGCGGUCCAGUCUGGCUCCUGUAAUCAGUGUAAUCUCAUUCCCCGUCUUUCAGCUCUCUGAGCAGUGACGUGCAUCUUCUCAUUUCUCCAAAUCGAGCUGUGUUUGCCUGUUCUCAUUCGUUGUUACCAUCGUCUUAUUACAGCAAAUAUACUUUUGCCUCCAAGAUGCUGUCUGGAGGUCUGAGGGUGAGCAGGUUUGACAGGGUCAGUGCGCCAUGUAGAUCAUUAUGUGUGGGCGUUAAGCACAGCUCAUCAAACACACAUUGAUUCUGAGUGGAAACUAAAUCACCUGCACAAACAAGCACGCAUCACAGCAGCAUGGUAUCAGGGAAGGUUCUGGUAACCUGUUUGGGUCGUCUUUCUUAUCACUUACACUAGGGCUGCACGAUUCGUUCGAUUUUAUAUCAUAAUCGGAUAAUUUGAUUAUGAUGAUAUUAAAAAAUUCAUAAUCAUCAAAUUGAUUUUCCUCUAAAUCGUGUCUCGCGCCUUCAGGCCAACGUAGGCUCCUCCUUCCUUCAAGAGCGCUCCCAAACUCCCACACACUCCAGUGUAAACAAACAUGGCGUUUGCAAAAGAAGGCGACCAGUCCCGUCUUUAUAUUGACUUUUUUCAGUCUAGGGCUGCUGCUUUAGAAUACUGUAGUAAUUGAGUAUUCUACCGAAUAUUCCAAAGAUUAAUCCGGUAAUCAGAUAAAACAUUUUUUUAGUUAAAGUGCAAUUAUUAAUAUACAAGAGGAAAUAAGACAUUCAACUUGAUAAUGAACAAUCGAUUGUUUUCCUAUUUUAGAAACAAGGAACGCGGAACAAACGUGUGCGCUAGCGGAUUGCAAUGCUUAUAAGAAAGCUAAUAAUGCUAUUUACUUUCAUCAUGCCCCCAAAUUCAUUAGUGUCCGAGGGCUAAAUACCUCCUACGUUACUUGCUUCGGCUACUACACUGUUAGGCUGCAAGCUAGUGUGAAGAGGAGUGUGCAGAGCAGUGCUGUUGCUCAUUGCUAAUGAGCUACUGGAGCUCUGCAGAAGAAAAGCCCCUCUCAUCAUUCAUUUUUUCCACUCUGCAAAACCAAAACCACGCUUACUCCUCCUUCUUCUGUGGUGACAUAAGCGCGUCGUGUCACCUUGAAAAUAAUCUGUGCGAAACAGUGGCGAUUUGAGCUUAUAAACCAGUGCAUGAGUACAGGAAAAUUCCUGUGCUCAUGCAACCUCAUUUUUUGUAAUUAAGGUACUAAAGGAAUUGUUUAAGCCCUACAACUAACAUACGAUCACGAUCAAUUUAUCCUCUGCAUCCCUGCUGAUCUGUUAGCGCAUGUCAUAGGGAACCUACAUGCUGAUUGGCUGUCACAGCAAGAAGAUUCACAAUGACACAAAAUUGCACCACUCGACAAGAGCUCGUGUCCAGUCCCGUCUUUAUAUUGACUUAUUCAGUCGUGCAAAUGAUUAGGGUUAGGCAUGAUUUGAUAUCCCUCCCCUUCUGCGUGCACACGUAGACCGCACAAUCCUGGGGCAGGGAAGGCUCACCUCCUCUCUUGUUUCCAGGGUACAGAAUAGAGCAGGCAUCAGUUACAAAAUAUAAGACUCAUAAAAGCAUGAAAAGGAGGAGCUCAGGUUAGAAUUGGGUUUUGUCAAGAAGCUCAUAAUAAGAAGUCUAUUUUGACUUUUGAAUAUCUGAUGUGUGGAAAGCUGGUAUUUGGAUCAACAGAUGUACUGUGGGCGGAGCUGGACUUUGUGACCUGCCUGAACUAGCACUAACCUGAAAUUAAGCGCUUUUUUUGAGUAAAGUGGAAAUCUGAAGACAAAGUGCUUAAGAUUAAUGCAACCUCUGAUUUAUUUAUGAAAGACAACGAAAGAGGAAAGUGUGAUUCAUAUGAUUUUCCAUUAUGAACCUGGACUCUGUAAAAAUCAGUUUGUUGCACUUUUGCCUAAUUUGUUCUACAUUUUCAGCUCGAACCAAUUUGCUCGUUCAAACCUCUCUUGUCCUGCGAGUGCCUGCAGCUCCCUGUUUUAUUUCUCCACAGUUAUUCGGCCUUACGCUUUUAUCCAAAUGGGACUCUCAAUAAGUGCACUGAACCAAAAGGGUACUACCGAAGAACUGCAAAAACAUCAGCGUCAUGAAAUACGCUUCGAGUGCUACAUUUUUAGACCACAGCACUCACCCUGUGGGAAAAAAAUAGUCACUUCAUUUAUAGAAAUGAUAAAAAAUACAAGAGGAGAGGCAAAGCUGUAAAUUUUCUUCACAGGAUAAAGAAGAGAAGGGACCGAGGGGGAAAUUACACGACUUCUGAUCAAUGGGACUCAUGAAUAAUUGAGUAUGAGGGUGUUUUCAGAGAGAGAGGGAGAACGAGAGGUGGGAGUGUCCUGUUGGGCUGAUGUUCCUCCUGUUUGGGCUCACCGUGACGUUCAUGUUCUGCUAACACCAGCACUUUCCUGCGGUAGUGUAGUAAAUCUGCUGCUCACCGGACAGAGUAAACAUCAUAGAGAGAGAGAAAGAGGGGAAAUACAGGAAGAGGAGUAGAUUAUGUAACACCUCUCUUCUAUGGCAGAUUCAACUCCUCUGCUUGAAAUAAUUCCCCCUCUUCCUCUUCCUCUUCCUCUGUCUCUCUCCUACGGAUGAUGUUGAGCAGCAGCAGCAGCAGCAGCGCUCUGAAUCGGACGCUUUUCCCAUCGACCUGCACGAGCUGCACCCCUCCUCCCCCUUCUUCUCCUCUGAAUCUCUUCCUGCUCGCUCCUCCCUCCCGCCCUCUCUUCUCUUCUUUCACUUUCUAACCCUCCUGUUCCUCUUCUUCCUCCUCCUCCUCCUCCUCCUCUCCUCUCCACUCGGCUGUGGAUGCCCUCCUCACUUACAGUAUGGACUCAGGAGGGGAAGGAGGAGAGGGCUGGAUGGAGGACCAGUGGGAGAAAUGGUAGGGAAUCUCUCUUUUUCUUCUUCUCUCUCUCUCUCAACAUGGCUGUGUGUGACCUUGUGAGUGUUUUUCCGCUAACAUGCCUGUUUUCUGCUGCAUGUCGCCUCCUUGGAUCUCGGGGCAGGGAUGCCCUUGAAGGAGAGUGGAGGCAGAUAGCUGUGUUUGUGUUUGUGUUUGAAGAGGAGCAGCGGAGCGUGCUGCACAGGUUGCUGCUUUCUGUUGACAAAAAUAGGACCGGGGAGAUGCCGAUGGAAGAGAGGCAACGUGUGUGCCCAGAGUUUGUUUUCAUACAGCCGGUGAGGAUGGUGAUGAUGUAGGAAGGAGGUGGGGAGGUAUCAGGAGGAUGAGGUGAAUCUAACGGGACGGUCCUGAUCCUUGUCCUGGUCCUGUCCUUGCAGGAGGACGGCGCAGAUGAAUGACAGACAGCGUGCAGCCAUGUAAUCUCUCAGUGGGAGCAUAAAUGCAAAUUAAUGAGGUUAUAUGGGGGGAAAAGACACAUGCAUUCGAUGCAAAACGUGAUGCCCAACAUAUGUGGAGUUUGAAGCAAUUGCGUGCUAGCAGUGCAACAUAGAUGCUAGUCCUAUGAGGGUUUUAGCAGAGCUGGAAGUGUGGAGUGGGAAAAUAUUCACAGUUGUGUGGGAAUCAGCUAUCAAGCUUGAAUGUGCCAGCAAACAGUACAAGGAAAAUCUGAUUCAUUUUGUCCGUUUCUCAUGUUGGGCUUGUUUUACCCCUCAUAAGGGGAUCUGGGAUCUAUAAUUAGCAGUGCAUUUGCAUUUUUGUCAAACAUUUUAUUAUUUUUCUGAUGAAUCUCCGCUUUAAUGUGACCUUUCUCCAAUGCAAACUACUAAAAAGGUGCUUUCUGCUGCAGGGAAUGCAACAUCUCUGGCAAUUCUGGAGAAAAAUAGGAUUAACUCCCCCCCUGACGUUGUACAGUAUCUGACCUUGCAUGCUACUUGUAAACCAAACUGCAUCCAAAUUUGCAGAGCGGGAGGUAAAUACAGUGCUGUUUGUUAUCAGGGUCAUAGCUGGACUUAGAUCAGGACUAAUGAGCUGGACGGGCCCAUCCUGUCCCGAGCGCGAGGUCAUGCUGUCCUUCAUUAACGCCAGCAGAGAGGCAGGCUAAGGAGGCCAGUCUGCUGCCCUGUCACCCCCCGCUGUCAGGAAAACGCAGGAGUUUAGCCGAGAUCCUCAGCGAGAUGCACUGUUACAUCCGUCCUGCUGUGCUGGUGCGCUGUCAUGUCGUUUUACAACACGACACGCCGUCUGGGCUGUCAUGUUUCUGAGGGGAUGUCUUCAAAUCUCAGCUUUAUCCAGCAAAUCUUGUAGAUUAUUCUGUGAUGUGUUUUAAAAACAAAAUUAAGAGUGAAAGAAAAUUCAAGCCAUUUAUUUUACUUUAUUUAUUUUUCUCUGUGUGUCUGUGAUACCCCUCACUUACACCUCUGUACCUGCUCAGUUAUUAUCAUGAAUAUAGUCACAGGUUGAUUAAGGCUGCUGUAUAUUUAAAGUCACAUUUAAAGUUAGCUAUAAUGAUAGUACAUGCUGAGAAUAGGUUCAAAAUCACUGGAUAGCUGUUGAAGUAUUAAAACCACCCUGGAGAGGUGGACUGAGGCUUAAGACUCAUUAUAAUUAAAAUGAACUGACAAGAAUCUUAUGAAAAGAAUCCAUAUUUGAAGAGCUGGGUGUGGGAACCGGAUUUGAAGAACUCUAUUCUAGGAUGUGCCUGUUUUAGUUUCAGCCUUGAGCCAUCCUUUUUACAUUAUACUCACCAAAAUAACAUGAAAUAAUCUAUUUUCUGGUAUAUGUUGUCAUAUUUUUCCAACAAAUGAAGAUAUAGAAAUAAUAGUUUUCCUCUUAUCCAAUUUGAACAAUGUAGGAUAAAAAAACUGCAUGUCUAAGUUCAUUUAUACGGAGCUGCUCGUACAGAGUGCAAAUUAGUAUCAGAGCAUUAAAAUCAUAAAGAAUACUAAAACAAAUAUGGCAUGAAGUGAAAGUAAGAUUUAAAAAAAAAACCCAAUGAAUUUAUAAGAUACAGAAACAGCUUACAAAGGAACAACGGUCUUUUCUCUUAAAUUACUAUAACUUGUCAUUUAAGGUAUUAGCAUCCUCGGUAUACAUACAUUGUAAACUGUCGUUUUUUAGCAUAGUAGCACACAACAUUUAAUACUGUGUCUUCCUGUUUCUGAUUGUUUUGGAUCAUGAUCACUUAGCAGCUAAAACAAGAAAAGAGUCUAAAUUCAUUUUAGGUGCUUGCAGCAUCUGCAGGUAAACAGUGUCAAAUUAGCCCAGUGUGGCUAACAUUAGCAGAGCUAGUACCACCAAUACUGCCUUCCCAUGAUGCACUACAAGACAUCAUCUGUGCUUGUUUACACUCGGGGAGUAGUAUUGCGAUAUUUUUUCUGUUGAUAUAUCAUAAUGUCUCAUUUACCAAGUAUUGAUUUUUCAAAUUGAUUGCUAAUAUGAAGUCAAAUCUACAACAAUGGAAAAAUGGCCCAAGAUUCCCAAUAAAAUCAUAUCAGGGCCCAAGUAUCCUGAUAAUUUCGUACUGGGGCCCAAGUAUCCUGAUAAUAUUGUAUCAUGGCCCAAGUUUCGCAAUGAAAUCCUAUCAUGGCCCAAGUAUCGUGAUACUAUCGUAUUGUGGCCCAAGUAUCAUGAUAAUAUCGUAUUGUGGCCCAAGUAUCAUUAUAAUAUCGUAUUGUGGCCCAAGUAUCGUGAUAAUAUCGUAUUGUGGCCCAAGUAUCGUGAUAAUAUCGUAUUGUGGCCCAAGUAUCGUGAUAAUAUCGUAUUGUGGCCCAAGUAUCAUGAUAAUAUCGUAUUGUGGCCCAAGUAUCGUGGUUAUAUCGUAUUGUGAGGCCACUAGUGAUUCCCACCCCUUGUUUACAUCCAGGCUGCCUGUAUGUUGAAAGUCCUUUCAGUUAAGCAGGGAAAACUGCCAACUGUUUGUUUAUGUUGUAAAAACACAAAGACUGUUAUGACACUUAAAUAUGAUAACUAUGUGGGAUUGUUGUUUGGGUUCCUAAGGUGUUUUUUUGGGAUCCUCUGCGGCCUGAAUGUUCCAGUGAUGCUGAUGUUUGUGUCAGCGUGUUGCUCCUACGCUCUGACCGGCUCGUAGGAUUUCACUUACAGCGAUGAUGACACAGUGCAUGUGUCACAGACAUCUCUGACCUGCACAGCCCAGCCGGUCUGCUGAGUCAGCAGCGCACAUCGAUUGCUGAGGAUGUAGAGUGUGAGUGAGAUGAUGUGUACACAACAAGCAGCAGGAAAACAAUCCCAGGGGGAAACUGAUGAGGUUAUUUUAGGUUCUGCGUGCUCCGGCUGAUAUUUGUGUCUUUAUAUAAUCCAUUCAGGAAAAUUCUGAUUGCUUCUUUUUGUAAUUUUUUAAAGUGCAUGGGGUUGUUUGAUGAUCGCACAAAUGGGUGACAAUGUGGGGGUGUCUGAUUGGUGUUAGGACCAGGUCUUUAAUUCUACUGCAGUGCACCUUCAUUGGAAGUCAUCCCAUUUUGUUCCCCACCAAAUGUGCGUCACACCACUUCAUUGUUAACUUACAGACAGCAGACGGGCACUGUGAGAGAAAAGACCGCUGCCAAGGCCGAUUUUCUGUAUUUCUAUGACAUGCAGUUUUGCAAGUGUGAUAUUUUUAUGCAGUAUGAAAGGAUAGAUUUAAAAAAUAAGUCAGAUCUUCUAUCAUAAUUUGCAAUAGUAGCUCAAGUGGUUUUGAGUGACUUUUUGCAAAAGUUAACUCUCAUAUUAAAUUAUUAAAUGAGUUAGAAAGAGCGUAAAAAGUCGUCCCUACAUUCAUCCCAUCAUGACUGGAUCACCAUGUUUCCCACAUUUAGACCCUUACAUCUCUUUUUACACUUCUCUCCUGCAUUAGCUCACUGUUCAUGAUAAAUGAUUCAGUCAUUCAUUACUCUCUGGCCCUUGUGUCUGAUAACCUACAGGGCCUGACACAUGCUCUAUAUGCCAUCAGGGAGGAAGAAGAGUUCUUAAGUACAUCCCUCCUGUUAAUGCAUUUAUUAAAGUCUGAUGUUUCAUGUCAUACGGCUCUCUCACAGUGGGUUGCUGCAGAUGUCCUCCUGCAGGAUCUUAUAUGAUCUUAUUGCUGCAAGACAACCCAUCCCUGACAGCCUUGUUUAAGCAGAUUAACUGUUGUGAUAACAUAGAAUUGACUGUAAUAUUUCAAAGCUUAAGAAGUAUUUUAUCUAAGAUUUACUCAUAAAGACUCUCUUCACUGAUUAACACCGCUGACGAUUAGUCGACUAACUGGAAACCUUGCAAGGAUUAUUAUUUUUUUUGCCUUAUCUAGUCUAAAGUGCUCCCAAACUUUGGAGGUUUUUAAGCGUAUACUUGUAGCUGCUGUAUGGGAUAUUAGCGCUGCCAUGUUUGAAUACCCUACCACUCGGCCAAGACGCUAUUGCACAUGUGUGACUCUAGGCAGAGAUCGUUAAGACGUAAGAUGCCUCACUCCACUGGAAAAAACCACACCUGGCGACAAUAGUUGACAAUGGAAUUCAUUGCUGACUCGAAUCGAUUUUUGUCGACAACAUCAACUAAUCGUUGGAGUCCUAUGCAACAUAAACAGUUAGAUAAGUACAGAAGUUAGUAUUUUAUAGUGAAAAUUCAACAAUGAGAUCACAGUGUUAAUGAUUUGGGUCUUCUGCUAAUAGCUGGCGUUUGUGUUUGAUGCUCAUGUUUCUGUGGCAUAGCAGUAUGUUUUGCAUGUUUACAUUUUACGGCUUUGCACAGCUUCUGCGUUUCUGAAUCUCUCUGCCAUAUUUCCUACAACUGUUGCCAACUGCAGCCUCAUUUGAGGGGAGUUAGCAUUCUUCUUCUUUUGUUUUAAACUAGGCUGGUAUUGUCCUUCUUUAAUGUGGUUUUAGAUGCUUAACAGACACUCAUGUGGGAGUAUAACCAAGCACCAGAAAAACAACGGAAAAUGUGACAGAUAAGGCAGUGACUGCAUCAGCUCUUUGUUUUUUAAAAGUUAAUGGACACUUGACAUUUAAAUCAAAAAGGGUCUGUUGUAUAAACUAAUACAAUUCAGCAGUACGUCAAAAGGCAGACAACAAACAAGCAUCUUAUUUUUGGGGUGGGAUUAGUUUUCAGCCUUUUAAAGAGUAUCUGAGAAAUUUAAAGGUUAAACCCCAGAAACUAUGGAGCUGUGAUUGUGUCCACACACCUGCGGUACCUUAGCUUGACUGCAUGCACAGUAGAUAUAACUGACAGUGUGCAUGGUGGUAAGCAGGUGAGGGAUCAUGUGGCUGCAUGGAGCACCAGGUGGAGUAGAGAGAUCUGCAGAGUUAGGAGAAAAACAAGCUUGGGUCACAAUACUGAGUUUGCAUACUUUACAUUUGAUAAAUCAGCAUGCUUUUAUCGUUUUUAUUCUUUUUUUGUUUUUGCUAGUUUGUGGUUUAUCAAUUUUCUAUCCAAGAGACAAGACUCAGAGAGGAAACCUGUAAUUAUUUAAGCUAUUUAAGCUAAAAUUAUCGACAUUUGUCAUGGAGGUGUGAGCACUACAUCUGUGACAUGACUGUGCAGCCUGUUUGAUGUGAGCCGACGUGACAUUGUCCGCCCUGCGUGUUACCCUGUAAAAUCUGAGCCCUGAUGUGUGACAUCGUAAUUUCCUUGUAUUAUACACUCUGUUGGUUUUCUCCAUUGUCUGCGUCUCUUCCUACCCACAAUUCACUGCAGCAAAGGGGGUCACCCUGUCCGGUCGAGGCGGUUUAUCUCCUUGCACUUAAUUUUCUCCCUCCUCCAUUCGUUUUAGUCCCCGUGACUCCCUCCAUCCUGCUUCUGCCUCGCUUUACGCCCUCCUCUGGGUUUGAUCUACAGCCACGUCAUUCUCCCAGCUAUUCCUCAAGACUUUGCUCUUUUUGUCCUCCAGUUAAAGGUCAGAUUGAAUCUAUUUGAGCUGAAAACAAUAACAUAUGUUUGGCUUAUUGGCUCUGAUCAGCUCUGCUGUCCUCCCUUCCCCUCCACUUUUAUCCUUCUUCCUGUAAGUGAUGCUGAUAGCUGGGGGACACUCUGGGAAAUAUUGAUUUUGUUCCUUCUCUGGCAUCAGUCUGCAGAGUAAAAGAGGCUUGUAGUAAACAGAUAUGCUUACAGUUUUUAGUUUUCAAAAACAGUGUCCACAACCUAAGGACUGAAGUAUUAUCACAUAGUUUGGUGGUCAGUCAGAUAGCUUCGGUUAAUGUCAGACUGUUUUGCUUUAUGUCGAGUGUAAAAAUGAGUUCAGGUCAAGAACCCCAGCACUGUCUAAAGAGUGUUUCGUUUAUUUUUAUGUAUAAAAUAGGAGGUCACAAUAUAUAUAUUUAUAAUCUUGUAACUCAUGCCAGAAAUGGAAUGUUAAGUCUUUCACUUCACUCAGGGUCACUGAAUCUGCAGGUUAGCAUUGUUGUGUCGGUUUGCUGUGUAUUGCUAACCUUAGCAGAGCUAGCACCACCAGCUACACAUUGCUUUAUGUAAAUUUUAACUGUAAAUUUAAUCACAGUUUUUUCUGAGGUCCCCAGCAAUUUUACUACCCUCAAUUUGCUUGUAAGAGGAAUGUGUCCACUCCAAUUUGAAAAUGUAAAUGUAAGACAUGUACAGUCUAGGGCUGUAAAGUCCUGGUUGACUUAUUGGUCGAUACAUGCUGAGUCGACAAAGACUCUGAUUGGUAGACUAGAUUUUUUUCCGCGACAAUGUACAGUCCAUGGUUAAGUUCAUCAGGAGGACCGUACCAAGUGCCAGUGGGGGUGUUUUCAGAGCACCCCUGUUAACAGGUAACAGCCUGUCUUAGAACACCCUCCUUGUUUUCACUAUUUUGGAUUCACCCAAUCCACUGGAGAUGGAAACCAGCAGGAGACAGGAAGAUCGAGUAUCUAUAUUAAUCAACGUCCGCUGGUUUGCUGAAUUUAUAUAUAUUUUGAACUUUUCAACUUGCCUUUUGUGUUUUAUUGCCUUCUUGUGCUGAUAUCAGUAUAUUUUCACCCCACCAAGCCACGCCCUGCUGUCAGAGUUAGACCCCAACCCGAUUAGUCGAUUUUUGGUCGAAAAUUUCAGGGUUUCAGUCGACCAACAAAUUCUUUGGUUCAUUACAGCCCUAGUACAAUCAGAUAUCCUGUUGUUUGUGUUUGGAAGGAAACUAAAGACAGCCGAGCAUGCAUGAUGUGGACUGUAACGUGGAACAAAACAGCCAUUCAAAAGCAAGCUAACUGCAGAAGGAAGUGCAGCAAACGCAGCCAUGGCAACAGUAGUAAAAAUUAGGCAUGACGUUAGAUGACAGAUUUGUGUAUUUUACACCAAACUUUGAUUUUAUGGCUGGGUCUAAAUGGGAUCAACAAUGAGGCGUUGCUGUGUGUUCAAUUGGAACUAUUUACAGCUGUAGACUUCAAAGAAGAAUCAUAUCAACCAGUGCAAAAGUUCAGCCUGUUAAUGCAUUUUAAUAAUGUUCAUGUUAUAAAAGGGGGGUCAGCGGCAGACCAAAGAGCUGUGUUGGGCUUUAACAUCACACAUAACUCCAAUUCAUUGUGUUUUCUUUGGUGUUUUCUGUGGAUUUGUUGACAUUGUGAAAAUAAUCCAACCUUUCCGGCCUCAUCCAUUCACAAAACUUGACAAAGAGGUUUUGUGACAAAUAAAAUACAGCAGCAGGAACAUUAUUGACAGAUAUUUUUAACACUUACAGUCAGCUGUCUGCCUCCAACCUUGUAUUUAAGGAGUGAUGCAAGAGUCUGCAGGUUUGCAAGUUGUUAUAUGAGGGUAAAUCGUAUUCGACUGGGUGAUUCCUUGUCAGGCUCUUUCUCCGAUUGACUCAUCGUGUCUGUCAGGUGUUUUUAUUCUCACCAUAGCUCUUUCAGUCUCUUUGGAUUACUGAUUUACAUCCUCUCUAUCUUUUUUUUUGUUAUUCUCCUCUUCUUUCUCUGUUCAUCCUUCAGCCCCUCUCUGCUGCCUCCUUCAGGGCCUCAUUAUGGAGGUAAACAGCUGCUUCUAUUCGGGCUAUUUAACUCCCAUACCCAUCAUUCGGCAUGUGCAGCUAUAGACAGCCACAGCUGUGCGUACUUUGGCAAAGUGUGGCAGCUGCAGUGUGGAUGAAACUCUAAAUGACAGUCUAACAUCAUGAAACAACAGAUGGAUAAUGUCUCUUCUAGUGCAGUUAACCAUGUUUUCCAAACGGGUGGCUCUUGUGCAGGUUAUUACCGCCGUCAUCCUCUCUUUGCUACCUCUAAUAACGUUUUCCUCCCUUCUUGACUGCGUCUGAUCUGCUCAGGAGGCUGCAGGGUAAAUAGAUAAAAGACGGACAUAAUUACAGAUGGGGAAAACUGAAGCAUUGUUUACUGGACGAUAAUUGAAUCCUGCCACAGAGAGCAGGACACUGAGUCUCUCUGCCUGACACUGGAGGGAUGACAGGGGUGGUUUCUAGAGCACUCGUGACCACAACAUAUAAAUGUUUUCCUUCUGAUCCUGAACUUUAGCCCACGGCUGCUCGGAUAUCGGUUAAGUGAAUAUGGCGGAUGUCAACCUUCAUGUAGAGAGGAAACAAUGUCAGGCUGGAUCUUUGUAUGGGGGGUAUUUUUCAGAUGGAAAGACUUGUACACGUCUGAUUCUGGCUUUUUAAUGUAAAUUUGGUUUUUAGGUUGGUCAAAUUCAUUUUUCUGGAAUCUCAUGAAGAAUUUUCUCUGGUAGGACAGUUAACAAAGUGUAAAUCCCAUCAGGUGAGAGGAGAGGGUGACAUGGUUGAAGUUUACUGAUAUUAUUCUGCGUUCCACUUGUACUCAGAAGUUAGGAUUUCGGAGCUCCGAGUCGGAAAGUCGGGCAAGCCUCACUAACCACGACUUGACGACACUUCUGUUUUGUUUUUGUGAAAUUAAAUAAGUGGUUUAUGUUGUACUGCCCAACAUCUAACUGUGAACACAGCGCUAUGGUGUUUGUAAGACUAAAAUACUGUGUUAUGCGUUGUUUUCAACUGGUAUAGCUAACAACAACUAACAACAGCUGACAAUUGUUAACAACAGCCAACAGUCGGCGUCCAUCUUGGUUUUCCGACUUGUUGACAGGAACGCGGUCAACUCGGGUGUAAUGUCAUUCCCAGCUCCGACAUCCGACUUCCGAGAUAACUGGAACGCAGCAUUAUUGCAAGUGCCUCAGGAUGUUGAGUCUGUAUCCUGGCAACAGUAUCAUGGAGAAUACAUGUAUACAAGUGUUGUUACGAUAUGACUAAACUCCCUUGGAACAUAAUUUGGCCGAAGAGCGACUGUCAACAGUUCAGUAUCUGGACAACACAACAUCUGGAUAAAUUUUGGGAUCAAUUUGACGGAGGUCGAGCAAAAGAAAAUUGUUUGCAAAGUUUGUCAUGCGGUGGUCCCUGCUCCCUAAGGCAACCCAACCAACUUCAGGAUUUCCCCGAUAUGAAAUUGAUCGACCACGGCUAAAUAAAAGCUGGCACACCUAAAAAAUGAGGUUUUUUUAUUAUUAUUUUUAUUUACACGGCUCUAACUCGGACUCAUGUAUUAGUAUAUGCAUGAGCACAUGGGCGCUGCACCGCGGAGCAAGUGUGCCCCAAGUAUUAACAUUGCGAUUUAUCGUCGGCGAUCACAGAGCUGAUUAAUUUUUUUUACUUGUUUACUACUUGUAAUGAAUUUAUUUCUGGCUAUUCUUUUAAGUUAUAUUAAAAGUUUAGUUUUGGUGGUUCAAUAAAUACUCAAGUUUUGAAAUUAAAAAAUAAUCGUGUUUAUGAAACGUGAUUUCAAUAUCAGUCAAAAUAAUAGUGAUUAUUAUUUUUGUCAUAAUCGCCCAGCCCUAGCUUCAAACACUUUCCGUCAGUGAUGGUUUUACUUUAACAGUGACAAAAGCUUAUGGCUCAGAUGUUUGAUGUGUGUCUGGACCUGGAUUUUGGAUUCUGUUUGCCCCCCUUUCAGACGCAUUAUUUAGCAGAUUUUGAGAUGCAUUGUGGGGGAAAUGAGUGUCGAAGGAUUAUCAUUGAUUUUUUUUCUCCCUUCUCCCCCAUCUCACCUUAAUCCGCUCCUUCCACCAGGUUGACCCACGACAUCAGCCUGGAUGAGUUCGAAGAUGACGACCUGUCGGAGAUUACAGAGAUCACAGACGAGUGCGGUAUGAGCCUCAACUUCAACGGCCCGGAUAUAAAGGUAAGCCGUCCUCACAGAGAGCCUGUUCCUUCCAGAUUUCCUAAAAUAAGCUCCCCAUUCAUACAGGGAGGUCUUCAGACUCUGCUUUAAAUUACUCUUUACGCUGACUCUGCGACAUAUAAGAGGAUUCUUGGUGCAGCUGAUGAGGUGAAGUUUGCAAAGUGAACCUGAAUAUUAAGUAUAUGUAGUAAUAAAAGGAUUUUAUAUCAGAUAAAUGGGUCAAUGAUGCAACACAAUUAGAUUUUAAGCUCUUACUUAUGAGCGAGCUCAAAUGCUCAGUUAGGUGUCAUGAGUUUGAGGUGAAAAAAAUCUACAUCUGGACAUGUAGCUUCAGGUGAGAGCUCUGCAAGGGGCGAGACUCCUCUCUCUGUCCCAUUUAGUGCUGAACAGCUGCUGCUCUCAGCUUCCUGCCAGUCCAGAAGACAAGCCAGAGGCAGGGCAGGCUGACAGAUGGUGACAGGGAUGGUCUGUGAAGGACCUUAAGUUAGAUCCAAGGACUGUAUAAAUAAUGGACCUCACCCCAGUGGGGAAACAAAGCCUUUAGUUUGGCGUUUUGCAGCUGCCAUGACAGCUUCUAGAGGAAGGGAUACAGCUGGAGGAGGGCAGAGGUUAAAAACCACACAACUUAAAAUAACCCAUCUUCUCAUCAGUAGGAUCAACUGCAGCUUCUGCUAAUGAUAAUCCUGACUCUCCUGCACAGGCUGGCUAACGUAUUAUCUAUAAUGCCUAUUAAAAAAUCCAGAGUGUGAGUGCCAUAAACAAUGCAAAAAUCUGUUUUAUUGGAGCCAUUUCUGAAUGAAAUGAAAAAAGCGGAGCAAAAAAAUGUCAGGACCUGCAGAAAGUAGUCUAGAAACAGGUCAAAAGUGUUGAGUGCACGCAAAUAAACAAAAUAAAAACAAUAAAAUGGAUGGUAGUCUUGAAGGGCAGCAAAGCAACAAGUCGUAAAAACCAAAAAGAUUAAAGAAGACUAAAAACAUUGUAGGACAAUAAAAAGAAGACAAACAUCUCAUCAGUUCACAAUGAAACUAAAUUUUAGUUGUUAAAAAAACUCUCAGUUUCAGCGGUUGGUAACACUACAUCUGUAUUCGUCCAAGCUGAGCUGACAUUGAAUUUAAAGCUCCUAUAAGUAGUUUUUCAUGUCUCAUGAAAAAGACUAAAAUUCUCAGUGAUGCCUUUUUCAACUGCGUGGGGUGGGUAGGUGAAGAGACAGCCCUAUUUUUACAUUGCACUGCAAAAGAAAUUCACAGUUAAUGAUGUAAACACUACCUACACUUGAAAGGGAUAAGGUGACAAAGAAUAUUUUGUCCACAGGGGGCGCCACAAUUGGCACAAACCAGAAUUUCCUCACAGGAGCUUUAAUAUAACUGCCCCUCCAGGAUUUCACAGGCUUCAUUGUAACUGUUUUCACAAAAAGCGCCUGAUCAUGAUUGGAGGAUGAUGACUAGGACUAUGAUUGGUUCAAUUGCUGGAAAGUUGAAGUCACUGGACAAACUUGCAGAGGCGCAGAGUUUGCAGAUAUUGGUACUAUUGUAUGUGUUGUUGUUGUAUCAGGACACUGAGGAGUCCGAGAUUGUUCCCACUGGAACAAUGAGACCUGUCUUAUAUUUUACAUUCCUGGAAGGACUUAUGAGCAGGAUCUGUUUCUCUAUAUCUUUCUCUCUAACUUUUAACGUCUACUGACAUUUUAUCCUCACUCACCAGCCCAGUGACUCUUUCAUAGUUGGCGAUUGGAGUUUGUUUUCUUGGAUUUAGUUGAUGUCUCUCACUUAGCUCAGUUUAGUUGGACAUUUCCUACAACUUUCUGUGCUUUUUUCUACUUCAUUUUAUUUUUUUCUUUGCUUUUUAUGGAAUUUUCCCCACUCAUAGCUGUUUUAAUUUAUUUUUUAAGUUAUUUCCUCGUGGAUACUUGAAAAACUGCAGGUUUGUGCACUUCUGCAUUGGCUUCAUCAGAGGUUACAGCUUCGUCAGAUCACAUGCUAUUUUCCUGCAACAUCCCACUCAUCUGAAUUUUCACUCUAAGCUGUUCUGCUCAAGUUCUCUCAAUUUUUGCAUCACCCACUGUUGACUCUCUUGCUCUUUUUUAGCUUGGGGUCCUUGAUAAAAACUGGAGCGAGUGUGAAGUGCUGCUAUAAGAGACAGAGAGAGAGAGGGAGGGUGAUGAAGAGGGGGAUGUGGAGUGGUAGGGAGGGAGGAAAUAAGCAGAGGUGAAUUUAUUAUGCUGUCAGAUCUCCCCGGCUCUGUUCCCAGUGAAACCAUCAUCACCUCCUCCUCCACUGUAACCAAGGCAACAGGAGGGUCGAGGGACUUCUUCCAGUGUCGAACAGAUAAUAGAUUUUUUUUUUUCCUUAUUUGACUCAUAUUUGAUUUAUUUUUUGUGACCUGGUGGAUUAACUGGGAUUAUUUUUAGGUGAAUGAGCUGGAUCUCUCUCCCUCUGCUGUAUCUGGUCUUCAUGUCCAGGGAGCUUAUUAUCACCCAGAUAUGAACGUAAGAACUCUCGGCUGGAGGUGUGUAAACAUCAGCGUGUGUGAACGCUGAUGACUCACAAACCCGCAGGGGGGAAUCGUAGAGCUCAGAAUCCAAAAUGGCUCCUUGGCAGGUAAACAUAAGACAGCUGUGACAGCAGCAACAAUAACAAACUACACGUGCUGCUGAGUGUUAACACUGUCAGAGCACAGAGCUGUUUGGAGCCUGUGCAGGAGGAGGAUGUGAGGGAAUUUUUUUUCACCUUGCUGUUUCUCUUUUUUUCCUCCAUCAUCAGUUUGUGGGGAAAGAGCAGGCUCUGCUGGUCGCUCUCAAUAAUGUCUUUUCCCUCCAUCUCUCAUCUUCACGUCAUUCUGUCUGUUUGAGGUUUGUGGAUUUUCCUCCUCCUGUUGUUUUACUCUUCAUCACACACCGUCAAUAUUUCCUUUUCAACUUGCUGCAGGAACGCUUGUUGAGCUGACACACUUCAAAAAAGACAAACAGAAAGAGUUUGCUUUGAAAUCAUCAUCACAGCCGUAUUUUUUCUCAUUAUGUUGCAUAAUAUGAGCUACUACUCUGGUGUAAGUCAUAAAACAGCAGCAUAGGCCACCAUGAAUAAAAUGCAGCCUCAGGCCUGAAAGUGAAUGUGUAAAUUUAAUGUGAGAAGUCAAGAGUCAGCCGCAGUAUAACUUUACUGUUCAUCUGAAUUAUAAUGUUGUAUUAGCAACACAAUAGCUAUUUAACUGGCUGUAGGGAAAAGGGUUAAAUAUCUCCAGUAACAAAAUGGCACAUAAAAGCUAUUCAGUGUGGUUUAUAGCAACAACACCCAGGGUCAGUUUGACCCAGUGCUUUCUGUAGGAGAUAUUGUCAGGACACGAGGUAAUAACAGUCCUGAGAACAAUAACAGUGAGCAGGUCAAAACAGCCUGUUUGUACUGGGUCAGGAUAACUCAUGAUGAAAGGUCAAAGUUUGAUUGGAUUUGCUCCCUAACACAGGUGAACUAGCUAGAGCACCAAACAUGAUUGAACAUGUUCCCAUGUUGGUAGACCUGUGUUAUCGCCAUUUGCAUCUUCUACAGAUAUUACAUUAUACUGUAAAGCUGAGCAGUUUGAAAUAAAAUAAUGAUACGUAAAGCAGCAUCAGGGCGUCAGGACUAAUGGGUGAUUUCCCUGACAAGGUUAGUCAAUCAGAAAUAUAAGAAGAAUUAAACAUUUUAUGAGCAAAAGCAGAAUAAAAUGUAUUUUUAUUGAAGGAAAAAGCAGGAAAUUCAAGUGUUUUGUGGUCAGGAUGCACCGCUGUCUUAGAGAGAGAAAUAAUUUUGGAUUAAUUGUACUUUUAGUAGUUACAUACCUUUUCUUACUCAUCGCUAGGCUGUGUUGAAUACUUGGUCUGAUUGGUCAAAAUCUCAGAACAACAGUAAUUAAUCCUGAACAGCAGGAGUAAUUCUGCAGAAGACAGUACUUAGUUCAGCCUCUCUGCAUCUAAACCCAUCAGGAUGGUCUGGUCCUGCUCGAGGUUUCUACCUGUUCAUUGUCACCUGCUUCAUUUAUGCUCACGAUGUUGGAUCUCUGUAAACAACAUGACUAGACCCACAGCUGGUGGACAAAAACACAGCUCUGAAAUGAUUACAGUCCUGCUCUUGUUUGAUCGAACAGCUGUGUGCUCUUUCUUAAUUUUUCUGAAUAUGUUCUUGUCAAAGUGGACACACCCUCAGAGGACUGUUGAAAGUGCUCCUGUGUGACCUGCAAACCUCAGAGUCAUAUCUUUGCUUUUUUUCCAUUUCCUCUCUGAUUCAAGUGCACACAGCUUAAUGGUGGUCCGUCCAGUUUAAAAAUGCAUGAGGGGUGCAGCAGCACAAGGGUUUGGGAAAUGCAUAUAGUGGGGUUAUGAACUGAGCCCUGACUGUAUGUCCACACACACACACACACAAAGACAGAGAGGUGACCUCAUCAUCCCAGGGGGGAUUCACUGUGCGUCUAAUCUCAUCAAUAAUGGACGGUCACAUAAAGGCGGCAUCACUCACCACAGACAGGGGUAGUGUCUGUCUCUGUAGGGGGUUAGGGGAGGGGUCAGAGGGUGUGUCCCAGCUGUUGCAGACAUUUGACAAUGCUGUUACAGGUCAAAAUGACUUCCUGACAUUUUUACAGUCAAGCAGUUAAUUGGUUAAAAUUAACCCUCUGUUUAUCAUAUAACACUAAAAAGAUUCAACUAUGGAACUUUUUUGUCAUACGUUUCAUCAAUGAAGUGUGAUGCAAUGAGAAAAAAGAGGAGACAAUAUAGAUUUAUUUUCCCUAAGUGCUGGUUUAAACGGUCUCCUAAGAGCAUUUGUGUAAAGCUGCACAGAUUUCUCCAGAAAGAUUUUAGAAAAUGCCUCAAAACAGAUCCCGCAAUGAUAGACGUGUGUUUGUACUUUCUUCUCAAAAAGGAGCAAGGACUACAGACAGACCGACACCUUUCAUUUCAUUCAAAAAGUUGCCAGAAAACCCUCAGCCGUCUCACUCUUCCAGCAUUUUCAAUUCAACAUCUUUCUGGAUAUUUUUCAACAGCAGCUUACAAAAUGGGAAAAGAGCGAGCAAACAUUUACUUCUCAAACAAAGCUGUUGCUUCUUGAUCUGGCAUAAAUCUUGUCCUCUGAUCCUCUCAGCUUCACGGAUCUAAAGUUGAUUCCUUUGUUGUAAACAGAGAGGAAAAGAUGGAUUUCUAUACGUGUUUGGCAUGUGGACAUAGUGAUGGAGGGUUAUUAGGGAGUAGCAGAAUCCCUUGAUGAAACAUAAAAAGGCUCUGUUCCCCAGAGACACUAAAUGACAGCAUGAAUUACCAGGACCACUCUGUGUGAGAGUGUGUGAGAGAGGAGAGUGCCUCCAUGUUUGUGUGCAGGGUUAAUGGAUUUGAUUAGCAGUCAUUUUGUCGUGGGGAUGGUUGAAAAAGUCCGUGUCGAGGUGAGGUCAGAUAGAAGGGGCUGCAACAUUACAUGGUGGCACAUUACAACCAUGGACCCCUACACGGCACGGACACAUAGGGAUGAGAUUUAAGGCUUGUUCUACCAGACGGCUCAUUAAGUUCUUUGACUUCUUAAUCACAAUUAAUACAAACACAGUAUGUGCAAUAGGACUGAAACAAAAAUAGAUCAUUUAUUUAUGCAAACGUCUGAGGUUCUGAUUUAGAGAGAGAAUAGAUCUCAUUAACGCAGAGAAGAAGAGGAAGAAUGAAUAACAAACAGGCGAGAAAAGAAGAAUGAGAUGUAGGGGAAGAAAAGGGACGUAGUGUGUGUAUGUAGGGUAGGAGGGGGGGGGCUGCAAAACACGUCCAAGACGAGAAGGAGGCCUAUUGCCAUGGCAACAGUAUUUCUCCCACCUAGUGCAUGUGUCAGAGCUGAAAAUACAUGCAACACAGUGUUGGUGUGCCCCCAUGGUUACAGCUCACGUCAUGUAGUUCACACAUGGAAACAGCCGAGGAGAAGCUGCUUCAUCAACACAAACAGGAACCAACUCUCGUCAGCUGGCCCAGUUUGCAUGGAUAUGUUAGGAGCUGCACAGAAUGAUUUAAACUGUUUUCUAUUUAUGUUUAGUCUUGGAUGACACAACAAGGAUUUGCGUGUUUAGUCAUCUAGAUGAAUAGAUUUGGUCGCCCUCUGUGGUGGUGGGCUGCAAAAUCCAGAGCUCUGCGGCCAACUACAGAUUUGUUUAAUCCUGGUGGAUUAAACAAAUUAGUCAUGUUGUUAUUACUGUUAGCCUGGAAUGGCAACCAUAUGUUUUGCUUGAAAUGCACCUCAGCCACCUUCCUCUACACUAUACUCUGUCAACAAAGACAUAAAUUAAAGAUGGGAUCAGAUUAGGGCUGGGCGAUAUGGCCUCAAAUCAAAAUCACGAUAUAUUGAGCAGUUCACCUCGAUAACGAUAAAUGGACGAUAACUACUCCACAAGCUGCUCACCCCCUCCCACAUUAACUUCGUCUACUUCAGCCACCGCUCCAGCCACUACAACUUUUGAACAGUCCUCCGUCUCCUCACCUGUCUUUCCCUCUUUGUUACAGACUGGAUGGGGUGGAGUCACGUCUCUGACGUAGGACAGCGUCUUAAAGGGACAUGAGACCGUAGCCUACCAAAACUAACUUUUAUUUAUUAUUGUUUCAGACACUGAAUACACUGAUAUAGGCAAAAUGACGUUCGUUAUUGUCAUAAAUUCCAGUAUCUGUAAAUUGUCGGUUUAUCGCCCUGCCCUAGAUCAGAUUGAGCCUCAUUUUGUAAGACCAGACCCCCUCCAAUCUCAUCUUCCACCACAGACGUGUUGCUCUUUGCAAAAUUUAGCAAGUUACAGUGAAGAGCAAAAGCUUCUUUUAACAGGCAGAAACCUCGAGCAGAACCAGACUCAUGUUAGACAGUCAUCUGCCACGAUUGCAUUGUGUUUGGAGAGGGGAUAGAGGGAGAUGCAGAGAUAGAGAGAGGUGAAAUUGGUGCAUGCAGUUGAACCAGCUAGAGAGCAGGCAUGUGCACUGCAGCAAAACAUCUGCAGCAGCCAUCCAGAGGAAACUGUGACAUGAUGGAGCUCAGGGACUCCCAGCAAACAUGGCAGGAUAAUUAUAGGUCCACUGCAAACUCCUUUUAGGUCUCCCUAGAAUUACCAAGAAUGAAGAUUGAGGGAAAACUUCAAUUCUUGACCCUAAAGAUCCGCUGCCCAGAUCUUUGCGGGGCUUUUUCUUGGCAUGGAUUGGGUCCAGUUGAGCGAAGGGUCACUGCUGUUGUUCUGCGCCAUCUUGAUGGAUGUAGUCUUAUUCACGAUUACAAUGCACCAGUCUAAUUAAUACACUCACUCAGGUCUCACAGUCACACUUCUAUCUAGUUAAAAGCCCUGGAUGAAUAUGGACAUCAAAUAAAUCCCUGUCUGUAGUAGAAAUAUGUUUCACUCUUGGCAGAGAGUCCAUAAUACUUGUCAAAUUAAAGUAGAGGAACAUUUUGAACCGUCUCACAGAGCUCUUGGUUUUUCUGUGUUUUUCCCUCCUGUUUUUUUUUUCUGAGUCAUGUGUUGUUGUACCUGACCUGUUGGCUGGGUGAUUCCCCUGCUUAGGCUGCUCCGAUUGGACAGCAGCCGAGCAUCACGGCAUCUACCAGGCAGCUGCUUCUCUUCAGCCUCCUCAUCGUCACUGAGCCCCCUGUCUCCUAGCAACAGGGGCCAGGGCUCUCUUAAAGGUGCCAGACGUGUUUGCGAGGACAUGAAACAUGAGGGACCAAGUAGACGCUAAUUGCAUUAGCAAUUAUUGAUCUUAAGCAGGUGAAAAGGUGAGGAGAGAGAGAGACAGGGAGGUUGAUGACAAGCAAAGAGAUGGUUUGAUGGGAGUCAUCUGAAAUUAUAGGAGGUGGAGGGAUAACAGCGUCUUCUGACAGUAUAUCAGAUUAGGGGGUGACAUGCCAGGACUGAGAAGGAAUUAUUGGACAAAAUUAUUUAAAAAGAGAUUAAAAAAAAGAUUAACAAAAGACUAAAUGGAGAAGAAAACCGACGGACUAAAACAAUGUGAUAGCACACUCAUAGUGAAAUGGAUCUUGGGGUUAAAAGAUAAAUAAAUACAGAGUGGGGGGGGGGGGGAUUUUUGGAUGGAUGGAUGGAUGGAUGGAUGGAUGGAUGGAUGGAUGAAUGGAUGGAGGAAUUUAAGGAUAGAUGGAUGAAUAGGAGAGUUUUUGGAUGAAAAAAUUUAAGGAUGGAUGGAUGAAUGAAUGGAUAAUGGGAGAGUUUUAGGAUGGAUGGAUGGAUGGAAGAAUUUUAGGAUGGGUGAAUUGGUGAAUAGAUUGGUGUGUAGAUGGAUUGAACUGAUCGAUUGAUGAAUGGAUUUAUAUGUGAAUAAAUGGAUCGAUAGAUUGAUAAAUGGAUAGAUUGGUAAAAGGAUGGUUGGAUAUAAGAAUUUUAGAAUGGAUAAAAGGAUGGAUGGAUGGAUUGGAAGAAGGAUGGAUGGAUGGGUGGGUGGAUAAAUAGAUGAAUGUAUGGAUGUAUUGGGUUGGUGGAUAGAUGGAUUGAUGAAUGGAUUUUUUUGUGAAUAAAUGGAUCGAUAGAUUGGUAAAUGGAUAGAUUGGUAAAGGGUUGGAUGGUGGGAUUGGAGAAUGGAUCAAAAGAUAGUUUGAUUAAUUGUUAAUUGUUUGUUUAGGCCAAACUAAGAAAGUGUUUUUUCACAGUAACAAGCUACAGGUUCACAGUGAUGAGAUUCAGACUUUUUAUGGCCAUGGCCGACUAAAUCCACCUGCUACUAUAUGGAAGGAGUGCAGAGUGAGUGCACACUAGCUUGCUGAUCAUUGUAAAUGAGUAAAAAUAUAUACAGUUGAAAAAUGUGUUUCACAUACUGCAGUGAGCAUCAAACAUCCUAUUGCAUUGUUUCUGGAUGCUUGCAUUCGGUUUUAAUCCUUUCUUGUUCUUCAAAAAUCACAUCUGGGGCAUCUUUAAAGAGACAUGAUUUUUUUUUUUUUAGAGAGAGUCCACAGAAUUUCGAUUAUGUGGACCCUGAAUAAAGCAGUGACACAAACAUGUCUCACUGAAGUCCCAGUUUAAAAGGUUUAUGGCUUUUAAGCAAAUUACAACAGCAGCUCCUCUCGAAUUCACACAAGCCUCCUUCUUUUCAGAGUGAGAGACCACUGGGUGGCUGUGAUCAGUGUUUCGCUGCAUACAAAUGCGCUUGAAGGCAACAAUCAGCCAGUGGAAUUGGAUUAACCUCCUUUCUAUUCACCCAGUGAGGUAGUUCAAUAUCUGGAGCGGUGCACACGCAUGUUAAUACCUGCUCUGCUCUAUUUGCACUGAAGCUCACACAGAAUGAUCAUUAUAAUAUAAUCAAGACAAUAACUUUCAUAUUUUCAGGUACUGUAUGUAAAAAUGGGAUUAUAUACCAAUAUUUAGUGAUCUUUAAACAUUCCCUUGCUCACCCCUCAUGUUGGUGCACAUAGCCAGGAUGCUGAUCCGUGUGUGUUUACGUUGUGUCUACAUGUGGAGCUAAUACUGUUCUUUACUGUAAUAGGCUUAACAGUGACUGUGGAGUCCAAAUCAAAGUUUUAGCUGACAGCAGAAAUGGUUGUGUGUGUGUGUUUGCGUGUAUGUACGUGUAUGUGUGUGUGUUUGUGUGUAGCUGCGGGCAUUGUGAUAGUAAGUGAAGCAGACAGUCGUGUCCCAGUGCCCUCUGACUCCUUCUGUCUCCCAGACGACAUGUUGGUUUGGCACUCGCUUUGAACUCAGCAGCAACAUGAAAAGACGUCUCACUGAAUCUCGUCACAAAGUGAAACAGCUACUUAGAUUUUUCCGAUUUUUGGCACCACAGGAGACAAUUCGAGUUGAGGAGAUGGAGUUAGAAAAUGAAUUUUCUCUGAAAAAUUCACCAGAAUAAUCUAUGAUCAGAGCUCCAGAGAUUUCAACUCUUAAUUCUCAAUUACUGUUCCUUAAACUAAACUUCAUAAUUUCUUAAACUGAAUGAACUAUCACCACAAACUGCAGAAUCAUAGACAAAUAUUUAGUUUAAAAAGAUGGUAUUAUGCUUAUUUUUUGCUGUAUAGUGACCUUGAGCUUCUUAGCAGCUUCACAAAAUUUACAGUUCAGCAAAUUCUUCACUUAUUUUACGCUGCUGUCUUUGAAAACUCUAAUUUCAGCCUCUUCAGCCUUCAAGCUACUUUCUCUUUAAGGUUCCCCCAGCAUUCCAGAAGCCUCCUUCACUGUUGCCAUUCGACUGUUUUCAAGCCAUUUAGAGCACCCAGGGGAUUACGUCAAUAAACAUUAACUAUGCAAUCUGAGGCUUUGAUCAAGUAAAUUACUGACGUCCAACAUUUUAAUUUAACAUUUGUUUUUAGAAUAUGAAGGACAGCAUAAUACCCCCUCUUUAAAAACCAAGAAAAUCUAAUUUUAGUGUUUUUUACGAUUUAGAUAUGAGACAAAUCCAGUUUGGAUGUUAUGGAAACAACUUGAAUUUGAUCAGAGCAAGUAUUUGAAAACUCAGCUGAAGGUUCAGACUUUACACACAUAUAUUCUGGGUAAAUCUGUUUUGAAAUUGAUGAUGUUGAAGAGGUAAUAUUUACAGCCUCUAAUAUACGAUCAAAAGGCCAAGGGUAAAAAAAACACAGGACAAACACACCAGGAUCUGUCCUGGCUUGUUCAUAGAGUGAAUUCAAUGUCCAAUGGCUAGCUUCAUCGCCACCACUAGCUACAUCUGCUAGAUGCCAGAGCAAGAAGCACUAGGAGCCAUACAGGUGACCUCAACUGCUGUAACACACAGUGUUUGAGAGCUCUCUGCAACUCUUGAGACCUGUUGAACCCUCCCUAAAGGUGGGUGGCUGUUCACUGUCUCUAAGGCGAACUAAGCUCAGGUUCUCGCUCAUUAGUCGCAAAAUGAGAUGCCCAGUUCCCAGCUCUCCAGAAACAUGAGUUUUUUUAAUGCAUGUGUUGGUUUUAGCAUGUUAACGCACAGCAUUGGUCAUUGUUACCAUUCAGACUCUGUGGGUGCAUGUCCACAAAUAUAUGUCAGAAAAGGGCAACAAGCCUGGAAAAUAUGGACCCAAUAUUACUGCAUGUUGUAAGUCCCCUUUGUAAAGAUAGAUAGCAGUUCCUCUGUAUCGCUCAGUCAACAUGACAUUUUGGUUUUCUGCUGCUGCUUCAGCUUCCACGGUGAAAGGAGAUGAUACCAAAGAGCUGAAAAUGUCAGCCGCUACAGACUGACAAGAAUAAUAACAAACCCUGGCUAAACAGGAAUUGCUUUUCAUGAGCAAAAUGUCAGUGGAAAAGAAGGAAAAAAUGAAUCCCAGUUGAUAAUAGUCAUCAGGUGGCACUGCAGCUCAGAGUGGAUAAAAAAUGCUUGGAUUAUAAAGAGGUGUGAGACUGAGAUUUGCAAAUCAAAGCAGAGGGAGUUCUCAUUCUCAUUUUGUGGGUAGAGUGAGUAAACGCUGUCCUGUGGAGAAGCUGACGUGGGAAUACUCUCUGCCUCUGCUCUUGGCUUUAAGCAGCUCAGAGUCGGCAGCGACCGCGUUACAGGCUGAAGACAGAGCAGCUUCUAAUUGGCCGGCUCAAUCUCCUCAUCCCAUCCACACGCUCUCUCUAUCUCUCUUCGCCUGUAUCUCUCUCUCUUUCUUCAACACGACUGACAGCACGUUUCCUCCAAUCCCUGCAGGGCCAUGUGAGGCGAGGAACCAAUAGCAUGUCGGGGAGGGCCGAACUGGGUGCUGUUGGCCAGCUCCAGGCAGAGAUGUUGCAUUUGGAACUCAUCGACGGUGCUGACUCUUACCGUGGUGACAAGGAGUCCUCCAAGGCGUCUGCCAUCGCACCCCAGCCAGUCACCAAGGACCAGGCAGCACCUGUUACCAUGGAUACCUACAGGCCCAAGAGACCCACGACCCUUAACCUCUUUCCCAUUGUGCCACGAACACAGGUAGGACAUAAAUUCAUUUUAACCUCACAAAUUCAGACACAUUAACUCACAUUAAUCAGCAUUAGGAGCUCAUUUUCAGAUCCUAUUUGUCUGUUUGUGUUCACCCUCUUGUAUUAAAUGUGACAUUUCUGAUCGGAAACGAGGGAUGAAUAUACGUGACAUCACCGUUGGGUUCACAACAAUUGAUUCUCAGACAGGAUGUGUUUACUGACCUGAACAAUAGCUGGAAUUGUCACUGCUCACAGAGAGACACAGAUUUUUUUUUUCCUUGGUGCCCAUCUCUGUUUGUGUUUGACUGCUGCUGGAGCUCGUGACUGUGUGUGUUCGUGUAUUUCGGUCUUUGUGAGGACGAAGGUGUGAGACAUUAUGUGCCAAAGGUUGUGUGAUAGGUUUAUUUUAGGCGUAAGAUCACAAUAAGAUACUAUUAGGAAUGACAGACUAUCCUGUAUUAAUCGUUUUAGGUAUAAACAUCCAAACAUGAUCGUGUGUGCUUGGGUGAGGCUGUAUGUAUGUGACUUUGUAGGUAUUAAUGAGUCAGGAUCACUGUCCAUUCUCCUUAUGUGCAGUCAGCCUGCUGUAAGUCCUCUAGAUUAAAAAAAAAAAAAAAAGACUGUGUUGUUUGCAUUUUAAACAAGACAUAAAAAUCUAUCUAUUAGAAGAGCCAAAAACCUGGUCUGAGCUUUUAAACCUUCAGGAAAACACUGUUCAAGAAGUAAGAAGUUAAAAGAUUUGACACAUAGUUGAGAUCUGGUUGGGUUCUGGCACAUUGGCAACUCUUUCCAAAGUAAGACCAACUGUUGAGUUGGAGUAUCUCCUUUAAUACGGGACUAAGAGCUUGUGGUUUAAGUCAGAGGGUGCUCUAUAUGUGGUUUAAGGUGGUUAAUCUGCUGCCUUUUUUGUCUUGUCUCAUCUCGAUUCUUUCUCGCAUUGUCACAUGGUUGAAUGUCCAUAUUCGUCCAUUCUUCCCAAUUGACACCUUAAGGCAAAUCUAGCCCAAAUCUGACCCUAUUUUUUGAGUUCCUUGGCUGCUGUGGAAGCCAUGGUGGUCAUCUUCUUGUAGCAUUGUGCUUAGGGUAGAAAACUCAAAUAUUGUUGCCAUAUAAUUACAUCCAGUCGUGUUAACCUUGGAAGGCUGCAGUAUUUGAAUAUACUUUAGAAGUAUGCACAGACAUCAGGCCAUAUUUAAGGUUAUAAAACCAUAAAUGACAGCUCAUUAGCCAUCAUCAGAGUGCAGCUGACAUUGACGUAGCGCCACUUCCUAGUUAUAUCUUACUUUAAAAAUCACAGGCAAAAUAUUAUUUCAUGCAUGGCUGCAGAAGAAGUCUUAAUGUUUAUAUCCCAAAGUAUUUGAAAUCUGUGUGAGCUUGCUGGCAAUUUUAUGUUUAAGUUAUGGACAGGCAUACAUUUAUGAAAAAGUUUGCUGGCAACUUUCAGCCUGUUACUAUGACAACCACCUAGGCAUUGGACUAAAAUUCUCCAGUUGGCAGGGUCAUUUCCCAAAACCCAACACACUGGUCACGCCUUUAUCAUCAUUGGUACAAUACGAUACGAUACGAUACGAUACAAUACGAUACGAUACGAUACGAUACUGUCUCCCCAAGGUUUUUUUUUCUUGUUUAAAAAGAACCAGAAGGUAGAUAUGAUAUGAUACGAUGUGAUACAAUACAAUAUGAUAUUAUACGUUGCAAUACUGUCCCCCCAAGGGUUUUUUAUCUUGGUCGAAAGAACCAGAAGGUAGUUACAAUACGAUACAAUACAAUAUGAUACAAUACUGCCCCCCCAAGGGUUUUUAUCUUGUUUGAGAGAACCAGAAGGUAGCUAAACACUAACAUGAGCAGUGUUCGGAUGUAACCUUGGCUGUAAGCUGUCAAAUAGACCUUACGAUAAGACAUGAUAGGAUACGAUACAGUACAAUACUAUACGAUACGAUAUGAUACAAUACUGCUCCCCCAAGGGUAUUUAUCAUGGUCAAGACAAUUAAGAGGUAGCUAAACGCAAACAUGAGCUGUGUUUGAAUGAAACCUUGGCUGUAGGCUGUCAAAUAUGUUUUUACUUUGAUCAAGCCCUGAUUUAUCUCCUUGUUCCCUCUAUCUAUUGUCUUCAUGACUGCUUAUCCAGGCAGUCGAGGAAAUGCUUUGUGUCGCGCUUUUGUGUCCAAAAAGCUGUAAUGAGCUUUAGAGGAGGCGAUAUUUCCAUUUGAGUGAACUGUUCCUGAGGACUGAAAUAAGUUCAGUAUAUACAAACCAUUACUAAUUAAUUCAAGAGAAUAAUCAAGUCAUUUCACGUACAAAUCAGAUUACUGACUCAAGAUGAGAGACUUCGUAGAAACUGACACUAAUGCAAUCGACUAAUCAAUACUAAUGCAAAGCUGCCAGCCAGCUGCCAGUCUGCUUGCCUUACUUAGCCUGCCACACUAACCUGUGACUCUGUUUUCUACUGUUAGUGUCUGAUAAAUUAAGAAACGGGGGUAAUGUGAGGGUAAGAUUGAGUCGUUAUUGUUUUAUAAAGGCAGCUAUAAUACUUAUUUCAGGUCUACUCUUUAAAAGAAGAGUCCAUGCUGCUGGUAUACAUAGAAAUGUCUGCAUGAUAGUGCUGCUAUUAUGCAAUCAAAACAAUGAAGUAUACGUUAGUGUGUAGCAUGCACACUCCCCCACACUGCACCCUGUCUGCAUGAUCAUCCAAGCAGCUCUAUAUUUGCCUGCGCUUUGUUCUUUGCCCAGUUUCCAUGAGGCUGAAACAAGCUCACUGUUCUCUCUGCUGUGCCUUUUCCACUGCGUGUGUGUAGAUGCUUGCUUGUGUGUGUGUUUGGAGAUGUCAGAAUUGGGAAGUGUAAAGGAAAUAAUUGCUCAGAAACGUUUUCAUUCUUGGCAAGUCUUCCUGUCUCCUGGGACAUUGUUAUCUGUGUUCACACAAUCGUGAGAUAGAAAUUGCUGAAUGGCGGAGUGUUUCCUGAAAGUGGCCUUUGCAUGAACUGUAAAGACAUCAAGCAACAGACUGAACAUCUCAUUAACAUAACCAUCCAGCAGCAGCAAAAAAAGUUUGACUUCUGUUGCAUUUGUUGGAUUUAUUCUUGUUUGCAGAAGACAAUCCCAUAAUCUCUAGGCCUUCAGGCGGCACUGCAUUAAAAACAGAUAUGACUCUGCAGUGGAAAUCUCUGCAUCAGCUCAAAUCCACAUCUUAAAACCAGUCUGUGAAUGCAAUUGUUGCAUUAUGCUCAGGUUAAAACUGCAACAUGCUUCGGGUGCUGAUGCCGUCACUGAUGUCCUAACAGUUGCUGGUCUGAUUGCCGGCCACAGCCCUUUGCUAUCUGUGCUCUCUAGUAAAGGCAAAAAUGCGAAAAACCACUUCUUUAAAAAGUGUAACAUAAAGAAAAAGUCCCUUAAAAACAUGAUCCAGAAACAUUCUCUGGACCUAAGCCCAUUUCAGAUAUACACAAUAUAUAAAGUACACAGACAGGCUUCGUGUAUGUAGAGAACAGAGAACUGGUUUUGGUGGAUUUAUGGUCUUGUACACCUUCAAAUGAGACACUUCUUCAGGUCUAAAGGCCUUGGCUGGCAGGGAUGUCUGCAGUUUAGUCAGCCACUGCAGACAAAUGUGAUGAGAUGGAGGAGUGUUUUUUUUUUUCUCCUGAGACAGAAAAUAUAAGAGGAAUGAUGAAGGUGGGACAUCGGAUGGAUGUGUGAAACUCAAAAUGUACCUCUGGCUUUGCAUCAUUCUGCAGUGAGUUGACAGAUUUGUGGUUGAACAAAUAUUCUCUUAACAUUGGUUUGAGAUUUGAACAGUGAGGACUUCACAUCGAGGAUUUUGUAACAUGCCUUGUUUUAUUCUAAAACACUGAAUCAGUUCAUAGACAGGGUCAGCAAGAAUAGUUUUGUUUCAGCCUUUAAAAGCUAAUAAAAUACAGACUUUAAAAAAAGUGAUUAAUAAGCUGAAGGAGAGAUACUUGUGGAUUUUAAAAAAUGAAGCCAACUACUCUGUAUUUAAAAUAAUGGGUUUUUAGGUGGAACAGAUGAAGGUAUUUUGUGUGAAGGAGCUUGAGUUGGUGAAUAAACAGACAGACAGAUGUCCACCUCAGGGAAGGGGAGGGGAGCCUCCCUCUUAAUCCAAAUCAAGGUCUAAUCUCUGACCUGUCUGCAGGGAAUCCCCUUAAAGAAGAGCUUGACCUCUGAUUGUUUAAGAGUGUAAAUUCACUUUCCAUUGCACAGGAGUGUCUAUGUAAUAUCUGAAUGUUCUUAACAUGGUAACAGUAAAAAAAUAGAACAAAUUUAUUGAAUCAAAACGACGAAAUGAGUCUGCAAGACAGUUUUUAAUUUGUAGAAAAUUUUGGCCUGGUUGCAGGACCUCAUUACAAGGCACAUAGAUAUCAACAACUAGACUCUAAGAUAGACUAUAUUAAUGUGGACUCUAAUAUGAGAAUAAAUACUGACGUCGAACAUGUCGCCACACUCCCAGGGAUCUGAUAUCAAACAUCUGCUUUCUGACUCACCCUCGUGUAAUUAUCGAUGCAGACAUUCACACGAAAUCCAUAGUUACUAUUGUCGUACAAAUCUUUGGCUCUCAGAUCAAUGCCGCCGUCUCCCACCUGCUGAUUCAUCCGAUACCAUGGCAACAGCCCUGUGUCCGCCUAGUUCACAUAGAUGGGAAGUGACUCAUAUGUGGUGGGCGGACAGAGGAGGACGAUAAGUUAUAUUUAUAACAAAUUGCCGUCAUAGGAGUUUCCAGUUCUUCUUCUUUCUGUCUGUUCGAAUCUUUAUUGUCUGUGUGGGUUAGGGUUAGGUGUUUCCGUCUCUGAUCCGUAAUCAAUAAAUCGCCUUAUCGCUCGAUAAAUUAAAACGAGGUCGGUCAUUUUGCCAGCCUCGAUAAUAAACGUGCGUUUGUUUUCCUCCUCUCUCGCUACCAAACACGCUGGAUGAGAGAAGAGGUCUCACUCUGCGCAUUUUUCUCGGCACCUGGGGGCGUUGGCUCUAUAGCGGAAUGAACGGAGUUAGUGAACCCUCCUGUCAGUCAUUCAGUGUCUUUGUCACGGGGGGGUCCGCGCACAGGUACACGUAGGCGCGCACAGGCACACAGACACAGACUUUUGGGUACAGUGCUGCAAGUGAACGUAGUGAGUGAAAAGCAAGCAAAUAGAAUGAACACGACAGCUUUGGUGUCUAAACCGAACGCAACAGCCCAAGUGUGGGAAUAUUUCGGCUUUAAACCAGUAUUGUUUUCGUCAACCACAAAACUCCACGUGUGUGCGCGCGCGCUCGUGUGUGUCUGUGUGUUGGAGGAGCACAGCAGGCUGAUGAGAGCUGUCAGAGCGGACCUAAGCUGCUCCUAUAUGUUAAGCGUUUAACUGACUGAGUUUUGCAACUCUGUUCGUCAUUUUCGUCUCGUCCCAUCAACGUAAACGCACUUUCGUCUCGUCACAUUUUAGUCAUCUCCGACUUAUGUUUAGCUCGUCAACGUUACGUCUUCGUCGUGGGUAAAAUUAAAGUUUAUCACUUUUGACACGAUGUACUCGCAUUAUUAUGCCAUUUAAUAUCAUUAUCUAUAAUUUAAAAAACGGUGUCAAUAAUAUCGUUUAUCGGCGAUAAUUGGUAGCACAAUUAUCGUCCAGCAAAAUUUGUUAUCGUGACAGGCCUGUUAGGUGUUUCCGUCUCUGAUCCGUAACUAGACAAGGAUCAACAUGAAAUUUGUUUGUACAAAGGCACAAUUGACUUUCCAAAAGAUGGGCGCCAUCAUUACAGCUUCACAAAAUAUUUUGAUUCAUCUGUUCAGUAUAACUUUUAAAACACGCCUCCUCUAUGGCAACAGAUGAGACAUGGAGAAAACAUUAAAAUCAUAAGAUAUAUGAAAUUAUUACCAUAACACUUUAUAUGAACCCAACAUUUAUAACACAUCAUGAGACCCUGCAAAAAGCCUGUUAAAAGCAGGCUGUGUAACGAUUUCUAUAGAUAAUGAUAAGCGUUUAAGCAGUGAGGAUAUUGCACAUUUAAUAUUUGAUCUGUAAUGCAUUUUUAAACUAUAAAAUGCUUUUAUCUAUUAUAACUGUCAUUAUGAGAUUCAAAAUAAAAUAGCUGGUAAAAGGAAUGAUGAAUUGUGAAUCUUACACUUUAAAUUUAUUCAUUAUGUGCUUAUUAUGUAUUAUAAGUGGUGAGUUCAUAUAAAGCAUUUAUAUUAUUUCUUCAUUAACCGUGCUAAUUGUCAUUUAAAGCUCCUGUUAGGAGUUUUGUGGCAUCUGCAGAAUAAACUUAAAUUCAUCUUGAUGCCUACUAAUGAUAUUCAAAAUUAAACAAGAUCAUAAGGCACAUUUUUAAUGACUUUAAUUUGUAAUUUUUAAUGCUUGAAACUGGUGCAAGGGGUUAGGUGUCAGCUGAGCAGAUGAAGAAACAGGCCUGUUUUUGCAAUUUACAAAUAAAAUAUUUGCAAAAAAAAAGACACAUUUAGCUGUAAAGAGUCAGCUGGAUGAGAUUUUUUUGCCUAAAGUAACUACUUUAGAAUGUAGAGGACAAAAAAGUAAAGACUGAUUUGUCCACAGGGGGCGCCAAAAUUCCGACAAAUCAAAAGUUCCUAACAGGAGCUUUAAGUCUUUUAUGAGUGCGCUGAUUCAUUUUGUAACACAGAUUAGAAAAUGUCGAUAUUCAGUCAAGUGAUUCAUCUUUCAGUGUUAUAUGAAUUUUAACUUCUGCAUGUAAAAAGACAUUAAAAAGUGCUCAAACCUAAACUUUGUUUCUUAGUUUGUAGACAAAUGUUCUUGCCAAUCAAUCAACAAGUCUCUCAAAAGAGACUGACAGUGGUUGUUUCUGUGAGUGAGUGUGUGUGUGUGUUACCAAUAGCUCUCGUAAAAGGUCUGGUUCCCUUUAAAUGCACAUCACGGAGCACAGACAAAAGAUUCCCUGCUCAUUCAACAGAAUAAAAGCUGUGUGUGUGUUAGUGUGUGUGUGCACUUGUACUUGUGUAUGUGUGUGUGUGUGACACAGAGAGGGAGAGAGACAAAAAGUUGUGUUUAUUGAGCGUCUGGAUUCAGAGCUCUGUGACUGAAACCUCUCCCUUCCUCUUCCUCUUAUUUUCCUUCUUUUUCCUCUGGAAAUCUAUUUUCUUUCUAACCACUUCCUUCUUUUUCUCUUCUUCUUUUUCUGCCUUUUUCACAGGACACAUUAAACAAUAACUCCUUUGGGAAGAAAUACAGCUGGCAAGAGAAGGUUUCAGGCUCGUCCUCGCCGCUUAAAACAGGUGAGUUUUUCCUUCCCCAUCACACUCUCUUCAUAAUUUUAGCCUCAAACUGUCUGAGUUUUCUAAAUUUAUUCAUUUUAACUCACAAUUUUAAAAAGAAUAUGUUUGUUACGCUGGUGCUACUAAGGGGCAGCUGCAAGUGUGAUUUGCAUCAAGUCUGGCAGGCUGUUGGUCUUUCUGAUCCUCAGGGGACAGCAUUAAGGCUCAGAUUAGCUCUACUCUGCUAAGUGUAGCUAGCUAGGCAGUGUUAUAUACUGUGUGAGUGAAUGUGUUAGCCGGCUCAGGGCUUAGCUAGCUGGGAGCUGUCAGAGCUCAUCCCCGCAGCUCUUUUCAGAUCACCAUUUGAGGCGAGAACCAAACUCACUGCCAGCACCGCUCCACUGUCAGAGAAAGUCAGCUCAGUAACUGGAGAUGCUUCUGACACUGUGACAUUGUGGAUUUUCUAUUCAGAAACACAGCUGAGAGGCUAACUGGACCUGCCUUAAUGUGAAACAUGUUUUAUCAGGAGGUACAACAAGGCAUGGAUGCUAACAAGAAAAAUCUAGGCUUCAGCAUCGGUGUACAGUGAUGCUCAAUAAAUUCAAACUGUGUGGAAGCACUGAGCUAAAAAUGAAGAACAAUAUUUAGAGAAUUGUUUGUUUGUCAGAUGCAACUAAUGCCUUGUCCGCUUGUCCGCUUAAGCAGAAACAGAAAUAUCUAGCGACCAAGUUCAAGAUUGAAAUGCUCCCCUGCUCACCCCUCCAGUAGGUGAAGCAACGGUGGCCUUUGAGGACAAAUAUCAUCUGUAAUGCAUGAAAAGUGGUCCUCCAUUUGCCAAACUUUUCCCAUUAAGGUGUCAGGAUUAAUUCUUUCAUGCACAACAACAACUUCCUCCUCUUCCUCUUUGAAUAAGUUCAUUUUACCUCGCCGAUUAUCAAGCAAAAGACUGUAUGUGUUACGAGUUUGUCCACUCUGUGCAAGAUAAAGCCAUCCCAUAUGAGUUAAUAAAGUCAAAAAGAUUUGAGGUGAUAACACACUAAUGUUAUAUUCCAUUUCUACUAUGUUCUGUUAUACACUACUAAUACUGCACGCUGCGUCUUUAAAAAGUAGUUUAUAUUGUUUAAUGACUUGAGGUUUUUCAGGUUUGCCUUUUUAAAUAUGCUCAACCUUCAUUUAUUCCUUUUGAACAAAUAUUGCAUAGAUGUGGCUGACUACUAACUUGCCACUCUGACUCUUAAAGGGGCCGAUUAUUGGCAUACAGAAAUAAUCAACCUUACAGAAGCAUUGGCACCCAUGAUGCUAAUAUCAUAACGUGUUUUUCCUCACUUCUUUGAAAGCAUAUCUGAUUUAAGACUUGAUAUCUAAGGGGUUCUAAACAAUCUUAUAUUAUUAAGAAAUUAAUUACAGUAUUUUUCGCACUAUACAGUGUUGGAAAAAAGUUUGGAAUAUUUGUCAAUUCAACCCCAGCCUCGUGUUUAACGUGGUCUGCUGCUUUCUGGAGAAUUAUUCAAAGACUUUUUAAUGUUCCCUGGUCUCUGUGAUAUGUUUUUGAAAUUCACAUCAAACUAUUUUGUUUCUCAAAAAAUUGUAGGGCGGACACCUCAUGAUUCACAAAAAGCCAUAGAAAUAACCCAUAAAAUCAAGAGUCGGUAUUUAAUAAAUAAACGGCUGUAAUUUUAAAUUGCCACAAAAUACGUUUUUUAUUCACCUUUUUACCUCGUAUUUUUCUAUAUUUUAAUUUUUGCAGACAGCUAGAUAGAAAUCCAGAAAUCCCUUGUAUCAAUAUUACGACUGAGUCACGUUUUUCUCAUCCAAACAUCCUUCAAAGGCAGACAGAGCCUUUGGGACGACCAGUCUGUAAUCUUAUUAGGUUUCUGGGAAUAAUAAUACAAAUAAAUAUAAGAGCAUAAGCAGGAGGGAAAAAUGGUGAUUGACCUCUGACAGUGCAUUAUGUCACAUAACAAGUUACAUCAUGUUCAGACAACAAUGUGAUUAUCCUGAUCAGAGAUGAUCACAAUGGCACUUCACGAUCUAACAAAGAUAUUUAUGUAACGCUCAGAUGAGUCUUUUUUUUAAAUCAGAGUCUAUUUUAAGGCGCCGUUUGUUCAGACUCUAGGCUGCCUCAGCAGCGCCUGAAGAUUAUUAAAGGACCUCCUCAGACCUCGAAUGUCCGUAUGGACUCUAAUGUCCUGCUGAUUCAUUGACAGAGAGAAUAUUAUCUUUGGAUUUCCUGACCGUGGAUUAUGACGUAACUCUAUCAUUUACCUCCUCCUGGCUGCUCUGUGAAUUUGUUGAGUCAUGGGGAUUUAGCUGCGUAAUCCUGACAUCCGUUAUCUAACCAACGCCUCUCUCCUCUCUUCUUGUUUGUGCUUUCCUUUUUUUAUUCACUGCUGACAUGUCCGCCUUCACGUCUGCUUGUGCAUUUGUGUCCCGCUCCUGUCUGCACUUCUGCCUCGUGUAUGUUUACUCCGUGCUCCUCUCUGGCUUUUGUGUGUGCUUGUGCGUCUGCCUGUGUGUUUCUGUGGCCGUCUGCAUGCUGCUGUUUGCGUCUUUUCUCCCCGCAGGUGAGCUCACCCCUCCCCGUGAGCACAGCUGCCUGAGCGACGAGGACAAGGUGCAGGGCGGGGGAGCGCAGACCAAAGACCGUGGGACCUCCACAGACGCCCCCUGCAGGCACAGCCACACGUCUGGGCACUCGCACGGAUCAUCCACAGGGGCAGCGACCCGAUCCAAAGUUUCAGAGAAGCCGCCCGCCCCGCCUCCACCCCAGAACUACACGCCAGCUCCUCUUUACCCAGCAGGGAAGGCGGAUGGAGGGGGAAACCAUCGGGAGAGGAUCCGCUACCAAACGGACGUUCAUUUAGAGCCGACAGAGGAGAUCUAUCUGACCCCUGUGCAGCGCUCCGCCGACCCCCUAGAUCCUCCCAACGCACAGGACCGGCCUUUCCUCUCGCAGCAGACUGAGCAGGGCCGCAUGUCCAUCAGCUCCGACACAGAAGGCCCGCCUCCUUACCAGCCCCUUCCAGACCGGACAAACCCCUCCAUUUACGAGGAGGACGAGGUCUACGUCCCCCCGCCGUCUUAUGCUUCCUGCGUCGAGUCCCUCAUAACUCCACCCAGCAUGGCUCGCUCUUCCCUUGCGCUGGAUCUCAGCCUUAAGGGGGCAGGAACGGGGGCCGGGGUCAUGCUAAGAGGCGGGUCAUCGGUGGAGUAUGUGGACGCCACCGAUGACAGCUACUGCGGGGAGGAGGACGAGGAUGUAGACCGGAUAAUAAUGGAUGUAAAGAUGAGGAAGGGGGGAGGAAAGGGGAAUGGCGUUGGUAGCAAGUCCGCCCCUCUAAGGACUUCCAUGAGCUCGGAGGCCAGCGGGCUCUCGUAUGACUCAGUCAAGUACACUCUGGUGGUGGAUGAGCAUGCUCAGUUGGAGCUUGUCAGUCUGCGGCAGUGUUACCAAGGCUACAGCGACGACAGCGACUCGGCCACAGUCUACGACAACUGCGUCUCUUCUCCGUACGAGUCGGCCAUCGGGGAGGAGUACGAAGAGGAGGAUGAGGAGGAGGACAGCUCUCGGAUAGGAGGGGUGAGGAGAGAGGCCACCGCGUGUCUGUCUGAGGACUCAACUCCAGAGGUGGACCUGCACUUCUCCAAGAAGUUUCUCAACGUGUUCAUGAACGGACGCUCUCGAUCCUCAAGUAAGUCCAUCUCUUGAUAAUAAAAGUUCAUUUUGAAAUAUUUUUAAUCUCAGAACAAGACUUUUUUUUUUUUAGUUUGGAUCCUGAUGAUUCAGCAAACCAGUGUCAGGUAGUUGUGGCGCUGUGGGCAGGUGUAUCUCCGUAAAGCUUCUCAGCAAAUGGAAGCAUGAAACGCUCUCAAAUCUGCCGGUAGACUUUAAUCUGGGCUGAACCAGAGUGAGAGAAUAAAGGCUCAGUAAACCUUUACAGGUGUGAAGAGUCAAGAAGCUGAUGAGUACGGUGGCCCUGAGGUGCAAAACACAACAGCACAUCAGAAAACACAACACAAAAAGAGAAAACACAACAGCAAAUCAGAAAACACAACAUUAUUAACCAUUGUUUAUUCUUUUUUUAACCAUUGUGUUUUCUCUUUUUGUGUUUUCUGAUUUGCCGUUUUGCACCUCAGGGCCACCGUAGAUUAGAGCUCUUUUCAGGACUGAAAUACCUGACAAUAAACAGACUUUUCCGCAAUAUUCUUCCUUUUUGAGAUAUUGGAUUUUUGUGAGCUAGAAGCUUUUUUUCAAUCAAUCAGUCUUUAUACAGCACUUUUCAUACACAACCAUGUAGCACAAAUUGCUUUACACAGAAAAAGGAAUAAAAGAAACAAAGAAUACUCUAAUCUACCCCAGCCCAACCCCUCAUUCCCACCCCAUGAUCUAAAUGCAUCAGAAACAGUAUUAAAAUGCAUGAACGAAAAAAGGGCUUGAUUUUGUAGAAACAGGGGUGUGAGCACUGAGGAAACGUCAUUUUAAAACUCAAGAUAAGGAAACACUGGAGGUUUAUGUUAAAAUCUAAAAACAAAGUAGCAUAGAAUGAAAUUUAAGAAAUAAUAAAUAAAAUGAAAUAAAAGCAACAGUAAAAGAUAGUAAAAUAAGAGCAACAAAAUGGUUCGAUAAAAGACGAUCCUGUCAUUAAAACUAGAAAGAAAGAAAUGCUAAAACACUUAAACGAAGAUAAUGAUAUAAAAUUUAGUUACAAUGUUUUUAUCAAGAUUCAGACAAAAAAUCCUGAAGGAUAAUCUGAUGAAUCUAGAAGAUAUGGAAUUUUUACUUUUUGUAUUAAAUUAGGAAAAAAAUGAACUUUUUAGGACAUUGUAAUAUUUUGAGCUGCACCUUACUGUAUGUAAGUAAAAGAUCUUUUAAAAAAUUGGUUAAAUAUACCGUGUCCACACAGAGGUGAAGGAGAGAAGUGCUCAGGUUCAGUUUUUGCUCUGUAACUAGAAAAAGGCAUACAGUGUGCAAAUACAUGCAAACUUAGAUCCUGAUUGUUUGCAUUCCCUCAAACUGACUGUGUCUCUCCUGUCUCAUUUCUACUUUGCAUUAAUAUGACUUAAAGCUUAUAUGAUGUGUGGGGAAACAUCAGGGCUGCAGGUCAGCCUGCUGUAUUGUGUGAGGUUCCCUUUAAUCAUGCAGUAGCACAGCAGUAAAUGCAGCCCGGCCACAUAAGCAUUGUGGUUCAAAGAGCUUAAAGCCUUAAAUGAGGCUGAUGAUGCAAUCUGCACAGAGUCCCAGCGCUGGAAUAUUCCCGUUCAAUGCCGAUUAUCAUCCACAUGACAUCGCAUUUAUAGCUGAGAGCACCAGAAGGCACGAACAAUGUUUUUGUAGCCUUCAGUUUUGCAAAGUAAAAUUUUAAAGAUGAGUAUUUUUAAUUGUAAACCACAUGAAAGUCACUCUGAUUCAGGCCACAUCAGCCUCCUCAGCAUGUAAGUCUUCAAAGUCAAAGCUGCAGUUGUCGAUACAGUUAUCAGUCUCUGACAGCAGCGCGCUGAAAGCAAAAACCGCAGCUGGAUAUUCAGAUGCCCUGCAGGGUGAAAUGGACGAUGGGCCAAAAACAAGCUGCAGUUUCCCGAAUUUGCCUCCAAGCUGUUUCCCCUUAUGUUGUGCUGACAAAUCACAGAUUGGUAAACAAAUUUGUUUAUUUCAUUUUUGUGUUUGCUUAUACUUAACCCAAAAAAUUUAGUCCUUUGGAGAAGUUGAGCCCGAAUUCUGUCAUUUCUUUGGUUGUGGGUCUUUUUUCGUCACUGUGGGCCUCUAAUUUCUUCAAAAGAUUUAGAUGCAGCAUAUCGUGAUGAAUAAAAAGCACAAACAGAUAUCAUAUUUUUGUAAAUGAGCCCUGAAAAUAAAAAAAAAACUGCAUAUUGGGUUCACUAAAGAGGUUCAUGUGGCCUGUUGAUAAAUUUAUGAAAACGGUUCAUCUAUAGGCAAGAAAGGUAAAAAAUGUUUUGUACCUGACAAGUUUCAGCUACACCUCUGAUGAAGGCCGCAGAGGCGAGGUAGCUGAAACUUGUCAGGUACAAAAUAUUUUCUGGCCUUUAAUGACGAACCAUUUUUGACAAGAUCAAGCAUAUUGGGUCGUUUUAGGGCUUAAAUCAAUCCUCCAAAGUUACAAAUUUUUAAAAUUUGCUGUUAGAAAUCCAAGAUUUCAUUUGUGUUGUGAUAAACAGAAAGAAAUCAUGACAAAUUUGAAAACCUCUCUGCACACAUCCAUCGAUAUCAUGAUGUGUUUGUAUGUGUGAAUAAAGCAGCAAACUGGAGAUAUAAACAGACAAAUAUAAGGAGAGAGAUCCCUCCAUUAUGUAUGUGUAUGUGGUCAUUUCCUCUAAUAGUCCUCAAAGUCCUGUUGAAAGCCGUCCACACGUUUCUCAGACUCAUUAGAAACACCACAGCAGUUUAUCUGUGCGGUGCAGGAGGGAUAAUGGGAUACUCUGGGGACUGCAGGUACAAAUACGCAAACGCUCGUCUGUUUCACGCCUGAUUAAAGUUUGAUUCAUUUGUUUAGAAGAGUGCGUCUGCUUCAGAGUGAAGGCAAUGGGGCUUAAUUGUGUUUUUGUUUGCAUAUGAUGGACUUUUCUCGCAAUUCAAAGUCCACCUCGUUAAUCAUUUUCCCGCCAUAACACUCUGACUGACUUUUCCCCUGUUUUUCUUCUUCUUUGGAUUUGAAGGUGCAGAGUCCUUCGGCUUAUACUCAUGUAUCAUAAAUGGAGAGGAGAGGGAUCAGACUCACAGAGCCGUUUACAGGUAAGAAGAGAAGAACUAUCUCCAACUUUACCUUCAUCAUGAACAUUUCCGUACACUGAGAUUUAGCUGCAAUCACGAUUUUGGUCUUCACACAAUGCAGUCAUUCGAAAUCUUUCAGGAAAUACAUUAACCUAUUUAAAUUACAACAUAUUAAGGUCUACGUCAUAUGGGAGGCGGGAGAGCUAGCAUCCACAAGAGAAUGAGCGGCGUCCGCAUCACUGUGUACCGCCUUUUUGAAGAAUACAUAUAUUUUCAGUUGGGAUGCUGAACGUUCGGGACAAUUCGGCGCUCCAUCCAUGACCAUUAUCUUUGUUUUGUUGGCUGCAAACAUGAUAGAAAGGAGCCAGAACCCCAAGUCUGAACUUCACGGCGAAGUAUAUCAGCACACUAGUAUGUUAUGAGAUAUGGAGAGAGAAGCGAACAGAGAGUCCCGCUCAUCGCAAGGGAAUCAAGAAGGCAAAAAGUUGCAUACAUUCACACUAAACAUGAUACUCAUCUUGCAGUUGUCACUAUGUUGUUUGCAGAACAUUUAAAUGGCGUUUGACCCUUUAUUUCGUCCUGUUGACACGUUGCCAACACAAACACGGGUUAGCAGUGUGUUUCAUUAAAUGCAGAGGAAAGACUGAGGGUAUAUGUGCUGGAAAUAUCUGCUAUGACCUUCAUUUUCAAAACUCAGGGAUAAGAGACCUCCAUGAAGUAUUAUUUUUACAUUGAUUCUGAUAUUUAUAGCAACUUAAAUCAAAUACUAGUAAUUUAAAAUGAAAUUAAAGCGCAAAAUGAACUGAAAUAAUACCUACAGGAAGUACAGUAGUAAGUAUUGGUUUGUUAUGUCUCUUCUAAAAUAACCACACUGGUCUGGGUAAACGUCUGAGAUUUAUCACGCGUGCUGACAGCCUCAAGCUCGGCCAGACUUCUCGUCUCUCCAGCAUUCAGAGAUCCAAACUCUAGAUGUUCAUGGCUGGUUAGCUCUGAAAACCAGCUCUGACUGCGACUCUGUCCACGCUGCGCUGAGCUGUGAUUGGUCGGUCAGUUUCUACCUUAGCCCCUGACACUUAAAAGACACACAGAUAAUUUCAUGAUUCCUCUGCCUCUUAAAUCUCUAAUCUUUCCUCGUUUGUCGUCUGAUGCCGAAAACGCUCUGUUUCUUCAUGUUUCCAUGGUAACGUUCACACUCCAGCUGGCAGCGUGCACUUACAGCUGCUGAUGAAGACCUCCGGCUGAUUAAUGCAUAGAGGAGGGGGGACAAAAAUAACAGCAAUGCAGUCAUGUGAAAAGCAGCAUCUCUGUACACUGAAUGUGAUGAUGCUGGACAUUAUUUAUGCACGGCUGAAGGCGCAGGCUCGUUUCAGUUUUUAUUUCAUUUAAAGGUUAUCUACACUGAAUUCAUCUUAUGAAUAUUUAUCACUUAGAAAUUAUUGAUUAGCAUGGUUAUACGACUGUCUUUUAGUAAAACCUCAGUUUGAGUUAUAAAAAAAACUCAAUUUUCCUUGUUCUGAGUUGUGAUUUACAGCCUUAUAUCAUAAGGUAACAGUUGUGAUUGACAAAAUGUCAUUUUUCCUUUAUGAGCAAAAUGGUGCAGCUCACAUCCGCCAGGCUUUAGAGUUUGUUACAUUUUGGUAAAAGGUGCAGGGAAAUCCUAAAUGUGCAAAUGGACAGCAAAGGAAAUUCAUUCAUAGAGUUUAAUUUAAUGUGGACUUUCGAUGGGUUUUUGAAAUGGAUGUGAAAGAAAAGACUUCAGUAGUGCCCUACAUUAAACCUUCAGGGACAUGUAGUCAAAACAGAUAUUAUGAAAUGUAUUUGUGGUGCAGAAAGAGUAUAAGGUGGUCUUUUAGCCAAAUGAUGGUGAGAUGAAGCCUCUUGAAGCAUUCCAGCCAAUUGCUCGACUCCUGGGCUUCAUGUGCUCUACUGCGCCAUCAAGUGGACAAUAAAUGUAAAACAGACAGAGUGAUGAUCAAGGCACCCUGAGUAGAGGCUUUGGUGUGCAAGCUUUUUAUUGAAUAAAUGAAUGAGUGUGAUACCAAUACAGAAAUGAUGAAGUUAUUAAUAAGGUGUCUGUCUUUAUGACACAGUAGCAGGGUCGAGAGGAAAAGGACAUGAAUUAUGGAGAGGAUUGUGAUGUGAAUGUGCUUGUGUUACUUGGUUUGUGUCAGUGCUUUUGCUAUGGGGACAACAUAGAACACCUUAUCGUUACAUUUAUUUUUAUUUAAAAACACCUUAUCAAUAAGUCUCAAGCCUACGGACUGUGAUGGGGACCCCAUUGCGUUUCGCCGCCAUCCGCCAAACCCACAAACUGUUGGUACUGUUGGCUCAUGAGGCUUCGAACGUCAUCACAUACAUCAUCAACACAAGCCUCGAUACAUGCUUCACACGCUCCGAAGCCUUUACACGAAAGGACACAUCACCAGUUUUAGCUCCUUAAUAAACAGUAUCUCUUCAGUGAUCCUCAAAUCCUGAACUUUGAUUGAUUUGCCUUGUCAGUAAUAGGACUUAUGUUGAUAUGAACUAUUUAGGUUUUUUAGUUACAGGCGGCCGUGAGCUUUCUUCACAUCUCAGUUUGGCACACGAGCCUUUGUUAAUUCCUAAAAUUGUGAUUUUGGAUGGAUAUGCUUAAAGGUUUGAGCAAAUAAGAUUCUAACUCUGUUACAUAACUUAAGAGUAAAGAGGAUUAGAGCUUCUCAUUGUUAGUAAAAGUGGAUCUGUUUAACAGAGAUACCUCAUGCCACCCCUGCAAAAGACAGCGCACCAGUUUGGCAAUCGUAGUUUUAAAAAAGUCUGGACAUGCGUCUCUAUAACGACAUCUGUCCCGACAGGUUUGUCCCCCGACACGACGAUGAGCUGGAGCUGGAGGUGGACGAUCCGUUGCUGGUGGAGGUGCAGUCGGAGGAUUACUGGUACGAGGGCUACAACAUGCGGACUGGAGCGCGGGGGAUCUUCCCAGCUUACUACGCCAUCGAGGUGGCCAAGGACUCAGACAGUGAGAAAGGUACUGACAGUGUCACUCUUAAAACUUACAGAGAGCUGUCAGUGUGUGAGUAAAGACGCUGAAAUAGGACUACAGUAGAAAUUACAGUACAAAUAUAUCUCAGUGACAGAAUCUGAAGAAUGAGCUGAAGCAGACCGGCUCAUUUACUGUUUUGAGGUUUUUCCAGCCUUUUCACACAAAUACACUCGUGCUUCUUUGAGUCACCGCACGCUAGUGUUGCUGAGAGCGAUCUAAAUAUAGAAGUAAUUCAUAUUCAGAACGAGACAAAGCAGGGGGAGGUCAUAGAGGAAAACAGCAAAGAUGAUACACAGGAGAGAUAAGAGUCGGUAAGAGCCUACGGCUGUAAACUCUGAGUUUUUACACGGUAAAAGAGGGGAAAUAAGGCCAUAAAGUGGGUUCUUCUUUUUAUGGUUAUAUAAACAUACAUAAAUGUGCACAAGUUCCAGAAAACUACAUGAAGCUAAAAAUUAAAUAUGUUAAAAAUGGCCAGAGUAAGACAGACAAGGAGAAGAAAGAGAAAAGAGAAUACAGAAGAGUAGAGAAGCAUUUUAAAAAGUACUAAUAUUGUGACAGAGCAGAAGGAGAAGUGAAGGAGGGAAAAGGUGGAGGAUGAAGAGGAAGAAAAGGGAGCAAGAAAAGACAAAAAAACACGAAUUAUGAUUCUGAGGAGAAGAGAAAAAGGACGCUGCUUAGAUCUCACCUGGAUUCUACUGUCCGCAUAAAUCACAGUAACUCAGUUUUUGUCUUCAUAUCAUAUUUGUUACCUCUCAUGAUCGUUUCUGAUUACAUGCUUGUCCUUCUUUUCUUUCCUCAGCCGUGAAGAGUAGUGAAUGGAUGGACAGAUACAGGCUGAAGUUCCUGGGCUCAGUUCAAGUGCCGUACCACAAAGGAAACGAUGUUCUAUGUGCAGCUAUGCAGAAGGUGCAGUACUACGAAACCAUACUGUGCACAUGAGUUAUGAAUGUUUGCAUGCAUCUCUGAGAGCCUGCAAAACUAAACAUCACAAACACACAAGAUGUUGUCCAAGAAGACAGUUAGACAUUUUCACACGCGUUACAUCUCUGCGUUUGUUUCCCAGAUCGCCACCAACAGAAGAAUGACAGUGAAGUAUAACCCGCCUUCCUCCUGCAUCCUGGAGAUCAGUGUGAAAGGCAUCAAGCUUUCAGUCCAAGAGGAUUAUUAUGCCUGCGACAGAGUAAGACUCUUACCAUCCCUUUGUCUGUCUUACGCAAAGAAAUUAAGAUCAGCUUUAUGAGGUUUUGUCAGAUAAGAGCUUGUCCGCACGCCAGGAUCCUUACCAAGAUUUGAUGUAUGUCGCCCUCAUGUGGCGGCCGAUAGGGACUGCAGACGGAGAGUGAAAUGUAGAGUUCUUGUAGUGAUGGUGAUCCUACUACUCCUCCAAGACAUUUAAUCUUGUGUUUGUCUGCCCCACAGAGCAACGAGUGCAAUCACUUCUUCCAGCUAAAGAACGUCUCUUUCUGUGGGUAUCACCCCAAAAACAGCAAGUAAGUGAAGGCAGAAUAACCCGAAAACAGAUCUUCACGUUAUAAAAGCUCACGUGUUGUUCUGUCUGAACAGAAAAUGACAAACUCUUUCUGAGAACUGCCUUUUUGUCAAUCUGCAGACCAAGUUUACCUCAAGCUGUUACCAGAAAGAACCAUUAUGUACCUAAUCCAGGCCUUUUGACUUCUAAUUAAUACAUGGCAAAAACAAAUUAAUUAUAUUAAAAAAAGUGACUUUCCUCUUUUCUCUGCAGAUAUUUUGGUUUCAUCACUAAACAUCCUGCAGAUCAGAGAUUUGCCUGCCACGUGUUUGUGUCUGAAAACUCCACCAAACCUCUUGCUGAGUCAGUAGGGUGAGUUGGACUUUCUUUGCAUCAACCAGAAAGACUUGAAUUCACUGUACAGAAGAGGUUUGUGCAUCGAUUUUACCUUUGCAGAUGCUUGAUUGCAUAAGAAAAAGAUGCUUUAAAUGUGCUUUAGCAUUUUCCUGAGUUCAAAGAGUUGAUCUGUUAAAGAUCAUUGCUUUGUUCUUAGUUUUCUUCUAAGGUAAAUAGAUAUUUACACCUUUAAAAGACAUUGUCCUUAUACACACUUUAAACCAGAAGUCUCUGUGAUGCAUAAUAACUUUUUAAAACCAUCCAUCAACAUAAAUUAUUUUCCGCACAACAUCAGCUCUCUUCUUCUUCUUCCUGCUGGAUAUUCCGAUAUUGUUGCACGCUAACUUUGUUUGGGCUCGUGAACGACUCGAGGGAGCAGCGUCCGCCUCACAACGGACGGUUUAUAGUCAGAAAGAGCGAGCCACUCAAAAAACUUAAAAUGUUGACUACACAGGCAUUACAAAACACAGCGAUAUCGAUAUUUACCAAAUGUCAUCAAUAACUAAUAGCUAUUGACUGAUAUUAAAAGCAUUUUUGUAUAUACACCAUAUACACUUUGAACGCAAACAACCAGUUUUUAAAAGUGCCACCACUAGAGGGCACCAGUUUCCGCCCUCCAGCAAACCUUAGAUGGUGAAUGCUUGUUGAAAUACCAGUGUUCUCGGUGAAGUGUGACCCAAUUUUGAUAGACUCAAUAAUUGUCCAUGAGAAUCAUUGUUUGUGGUCUGUUGUGGUCUGUAACUGACUGAAGUUCUUGUCUGUGUCUUUCAGGAAAGCUUUCCAGUUGUACUAUAAAGAGUUUGUGGAGUACUCCUGCCCCACAGAGGACAUCUACCUUGAAUAACCCUGCCCUGCCUUCAACCACAGCCCUGUACAGUACACUGUAUCAUAACAUAAAUCUGCAUGAAGGACAGACAUAUCUAAAAGUUAAAAAAACAAAAGGCAAACUGAAAAAUUAACACAUCUGACAAACAACAAAGAGAAGAACGAUCAAGUGUGGUACUGUGGUCUGCUGAGAAGGAAGGGAAGGAAAUGAGCCAAAGGAGGAGUGUCCUGAGAGAAGAAAAUAUGCAAAACGGAGUAAGUGGCGAGGCGUUGAAACACAGGCUGCCCGUGGAAAGCACAAACAUUGUAUCACCACAGCCUUGGCAGCGAUAGUUAGCCUGUUGCAUCAUCCCGGCUGAUGAAACACUGAAAGCCCAGGAGCCGUACCCGACUGAACCAGCGAGAAGCUUUACUAAUUUAGAGAAAAACUGCAGCUGAGACGAGGAAAAAUGAACUCAUGAUUAGUUCAGUCUGAGCACAAAAGGAGGUGUAUAUGUACCGAUUAACAUCCUCACACUGAAAAUGUACACUUAGUAAAUCAAAUCCAUGUAGGAACAGUGAAUUUUAUCCUUUUAGUACACCUGAGAUGAAGGUGAUAAUCACAUAGUUCAACAACAACAACAAAAAAAUCCACUAUGAAACACUCCAGGUACAAGUGAUGCUUUUUGCACUUUCAGUGAAGAAAUCUCGACAUUUUCUUGAAACUUUUAAAAUCAGAAAAGUUUAUCUAUCAAUGGAAACAGCAGGUGUUGUUAUUGUGGGGCUAUGAAAGCACUUAUAUUUUACCAUAUUGGAAAAACAUGGGGGUUAAGGGGAAUUCUCUGGCCUUUUCCCUCUAGUGGACAUUUGAGGAACAGCAGUUUUUUUGCAUUUCCCCUUUCGCUUCAUUCUUUAAGAUUAGUGGUUUCGGAUUGUGUGAAUAUGACUAUAGGGCUUGUGACGUAUUCACAAAUAAAGCAAAGGUUGGUGAUUUGCACCAAGUUCGGAGUAAGAAGUGCAAGAAAAUUGAGAAAAAAAACACAUAAAACCCAACAAAGACUAAACAUGAUGUGUAAGAGCAGUAAAUACAGCUGAGAAAAGUCAUUUAUUAAAGGGAAUUAUGCAAAAAAAAUUAUGCUUUUAGGCCUCUGGAAAGUUUUCCAGAAGUUUUCAUUAAAUGCAAACCUGAGCUCAGACUAAAAUAUGCAGUAGUGCUUUUUUGUGAUGAACACCUAAGGAACGACCAUCGUCACUUUUCUCACAGCAAUUGUGUAACUUAAGUGAUACAUUUUAUUUUGGAAAGACAACAAGAGGAUAUGUUUUGUUUAAUCACACUUUAUCUCAAAAAAUGAGUCAAAAUUAGCAACUAUGUAAGUGAUUUGUCCACAGGGGGGACGUCAGAGGCAACACAAACAGAAAACUCCUCACAGGAGCUUUAAUGGACAAGUUUGGUUUCGUUAAGUCUUUCUUUUAAAUUUUUUAACUUAGAAACUUUAAUCCAAUUAUCAUGAAGCAUUCAGAUGCAAAAAAAAUGUUUUUUCUCCAUCGCUUGUCUUCAGACUUUAGAUAAAAGUUUAGAUAAGAUGCCUGAACUCUGAGCACAAAAGUGUAUUACAACAGCAGGUUCCCGAACGAUCACUUUUGUGGUUUUUAACAGGGAGAAAGUGAAUCACAGUCACAUCAAUUAAAGUAGCAGACUGUGGAUUAGCAUACAGUUGCAAGGAAUUGAUGGUCACAAACUGAAGAAAGUGCAGACAUUGCAACUUAUAUUAAACUCCUGAAUUGCACUCAGCAUCACUUGUCCUGGAUAAAAACAAAACUAUGAUGGAUGAAUGAAAAAGUAAUUUUCCUUUCGAGCUUUCAGCUGCUUCUUUUUGUAGUGCUAAGCUGAACCACCCCAAACAGUAAAGCCUUAGUCAGUAGUUCAGGGUCUAAUGAUAGACACUGCGCUUUUUAUCCUCACUCACCAGGACUGAAAUCUUGAGUGGAUAAAGUCGAAGCCCAAAGUAGCGAAUCUUCUUCAUGUGAUGGUCUAGAGACGUGCUCCUCCUGGUCUUCACAUCAGACACAUGAAAUGCUCUUGGUGUGGCAGGAACUAGACAAGGCAGUUAUACUUUGAGCUGUAUGUGCAGGUGCUAUAAAGGGAGCAAAAUCGAAUCUCUGGUGUCUUCAUAUCUUCACUAGUAGUGCCUCUUCUUCAUCAGAUCAUUGUGACCUUCCUCAGUCGACAUUAUCACAACUUUUAAAGGAGUUGCCAUGGAGUGUGUGUUGAGUUGAAGAGUUUGACUGCAAAUUGGGAUGUGGAGGGAUGUUUGACGUGACUUGUGCUUUUUUUCCCCACUGCCAAAAAAUGCUGCACUGUACCUGUGGUGCACAUAUUUGUUUGGAGGUGCAUGUGAAUUAUUCAACCCCUACAUGGAAAUUGUAAACAGUAAUUUUUCACACAAUGCUGGUCCGGUUUCAAAGCAUGAACCCUAACUCACCAUAUUUACUGCACACAGGCCUGUGUAAUAUGCACUUCUGCAAAGACCAGCACAAGUUGAGCACCUGUUAAACUAUACCCAUCAGUUUCCAGUUUAAGCCAGGGCCCAAAUAUGCCCACAGGUACAAAACAGUUUUAUUUUUUCAGCAGUGAAAAAGCAAGCAAAAAAGUGAGCUUCCUUCUUCAUUUAUCACUGACUUUAAUUUCUAACAGAUUCUCUUGCUUCACCCGUCUUGAACUGAAAAUGAAAGAUUGAUUCAUGAUGUGGAAAUCAUCGCCAGUCCCCAUACUUUGUUCCUUUUAAAGAGAAAUCAUCAGAAGUUAGUGCCGAUCAAAGCCAUUGUGUUUGUAUCAAGAAAGAAAUGAAGACUGAAUUUUCUAUAAGUUCCCCUCAAAAGCCAAUCAGGCAGACAGGAGACAAUGUAAAGAAAUGGGAGCUAUACAAAGGGAGUAUAGACAUGCCAUAUAUAAAUAAAUGAUUUAAUAUCUGUAAUUAUGAAUUUAACAUUGUAUUGAUUCAAAUGUAGUAUGUGAGAUUUCUUUUAUUUUGGAAUUUUUUUAGGUGUGAAUUUUUCUUUAUUUAAAGAUUUUAAUGCAGAAUUCUCAGUCUCCUGUCUUUAUUACAUUAUUUGCAUGCAUGUGCACACACACUUUACCUAAGGCCUGUAACAAGAAACAACUCAAACAUACCCUGGGUAUUUUUUAAUUACCUAGCUAAUGGUUUUUUCAGUUGUACUCGGAAGUCGGGAUUUCCGUGCCCUGAGUCAGAACUUUCAACUGGAACAACCCCCAAGGUCGAAUUUCUACGAAAGAGGAUUAGGGCCACAUGAAGAGAAAAAAAAAUAAUCACAGGAAGGAGAUUAAAGUAGAAAUUUCAAAAUUUAAGUCAAGAUUUCGAGAUUAAAAAAAAAAUCAAAAUUAUGUCAAGGAAGUUGAAAUUUUGAGAUUAAAGUCAAAAUUUCAAAAUUAAAGAUGACGUGAAUGAAGUCAAAAUUUUGACUUUAAUCUAGAAAUUUCGACUGUAAUCUCGAAAUAGAUAUUAAAAAAAUCUCCCUCCUGUUAUUAUAUUUUUCUCUUGUGGUCCUUAUCCUCUUUCAUAGAUUUCCGACUUGGAAAGUCGGAUGGUCCACACAUUAUAUUUUAAGAUGGCGGUACCAGUUGUGAACUGUAAGCAGAAGCUCCUGUAAUCCUUUUAAUCACUUUUUUUACUAUUUGUUGUCACGAUAAGUCAACAAUGGUAUUGUUAGAUGUAUAUGUAUGGAAAUGCUGACAUAGUGUAAUUUAAAUUUUUCUUGUGUAUAUGCAAACUACGGAGCAGGCCGUGCUAACAACGGCUAACCAUAACCUGGUUGUUUCGUAGAUGUAGCCAUCUUGUUUCUGCUUCCGUUUUUUGCCAUUGGGUACUUUAAUCCGACUUUGUAACCAAAACGCUGAUAACUCAGGUGUGACGUCAUUCCCAGCUCCAAUUUC